GUUUCAGUAAGGAAAUACAGUCGCGAAUAAUUUACAAGGUCGUAUCUGUCUCAUGUGAUAGACUGAACCUGAGAUAAGAAGGAGCAAAGUGUUACAUCCGUAUAACAGUCAGUGUUCUUCUUUUACCAUUUUGUUGGCGUACACAGAGGGGAAGCAUGGAAAAGGUAAGGGGAGAAUACUACCGUGAAUCUCUAGAAGAACUUAUUUAAUGGGUAUUUUUACAUUGUUAUGGGAAAUAUACAUUACAGGAAGCACAAGAAAAAAAUAAAAUAAAUUAAACAACAUACUCUGAGGUUAUUUGCAAAUAAAAAAAAUAAAUAAAAAAUAGAGCAAUAACCAUUGCAAACAAUUGAAUAUUUCUGCCCAGAAUUUUUACCUAGAAUUUUUCUUUUUACGUUGCCCUCUAUCCUGAUGCCUUCUCUAGAAAACCCAGUACCUGUUUUAUAGAGCUGAUUUACGCAGCAUAUAAUACAUGUCCAACUGCUAAUCUGCUUCACUCACACCUUAUUUGAUUGCUAUUUCCUGUCCUAAUGUGUUUUAUACCACACCUCCUGUAGACUGUAAGCUCAUUUGAGCAGGGCCCUAUUCAACCUAUCGUUCCUGUAAGUUUCUUGUAAUUGUCCUAUUUAUAGUUAAAUCUCCUCCUCUCAUAAUAUUGUAAAGCGCUACGGAAUCUGUUGGAGCUAUAUAAAUGGCGAUAAUAAUAAUAAUUAGAAUACUGGCUGUAAUUUUAUUUUUUAUAUAUAUCUAAGCAAGUAUAAACAGUUUGAAUAGUUUACAAUUCAAAUAUUUCAAAUAUUUUAAUUUAUUUUCAUUACUUUCAUUCAUUAAUGAAAACAAAAACUAUAAAAAAAGAUUAUCUACAAUUUGUCGUCAUGGCAAUAAAAAGAAAAGCCAUCAUGUAAUCCAAUGAACAAAAUUAUCCUCAAUGGUCUUUAUCUUGAAAUGUUGGAUAUAGUGAAUAAUUUAUAGAACAGUUUGCAUGUAAUCCUAUAUGUAAGUAUCAGGGCUGGGCAUUGGAUAGCCGGGGACCAAAGUGAGGGGGGAGCAUGUUAUGUCAUCACCAAUGACAAGCACACUGGUACUGCCCUGCAUCGGCAGGCAGGGGAGAUACUUUAAUCUUUCCCAUUAAUCACAGGUCCCAGGAUACAAAUAAUAUGACUUUCAAAAGUUUUAAGGUCUGCUAAUAUAAGCCUUAAGGGGACCUUGCACUGUCCAAAAUUAAGCAGUGUUUAGUUGAUAUACGCUAUAUAUCAGCAGUUAUUAUAGUCUUUACCCACACCAUGAGUCGAGACUACAUGUAGGGGUUAAACAGAACUCACUUUAUUGCAGCUGUGCAGAGGUAGUUAUACCCACAGAGGGACAUUUGCAUACAAUAGGGUAAUUAACAGUACACACAGUUCCUCUUCCCAUAAGUCCUUCUUUUUCUUGCUGUAAAUAACCCUCAGCCCCACAAAAACAAACAUUCCAUUUUGUCCAUAUAAUUACAACACGAAACAAGAAAGAUCCCUUGUAAAACUCACAGCCUAGCAAGAGGAACCUCUAUCUUGCAACCCUAGGUCCAUGACACUCCUCCCCCAGUUCACAAUACGGCAGAUCCGGUGAGAUCCUCAUGGGUCCGCCUGGGGCUGUCCGGGACAAACACACAAGUCUCUUAUCGUUCCGGCUGGUAGCAACAUGGAACAAAAAAGGUCCCUUGUAAAAUUCACAGCCAAGCAAGAGGAACCUCUACCUUGCAACCCUGGGUCAAUGACACACAAAAAACCCUUUCCUUUGCCUUAGACUAAAUCUCCAUUCUUCCAGUCUAAAUGCGUGACCUUGUGACCUUAGUCCUAUUUAUGAACAGAUUUCCAGACAAUGGUUUGUAUUUAAAUUUGCUAACCUUUUGUCAUAACUAAAAUGUUCCAUUCCUUUUAUUAAUUUUGUAGCUCACCUCUGCACUUUUUCUAGUGCUAUACUAUUCUUCUUUAGACCUGGCAGCCACAAUUGCACAGUAUAUUUAAGGUGUGGUCUUUCAAGUGAUUUAUAAAGAGGCAAAAUUAUAUUUUCAUCCCAAGAAUGUCCCUUUUUAUAUAUGACAAUACCUUACCGGUUUUAGCCACUGCAUAUUGUUGCCUAGUUUGUUGUCUCUAACAAUUCCCAAAUCCUUCUCAUGUGUUGUUAUCUCUAAUUCACUACAAUUUAGGGUAUAAGUUGCUUGUGCAUUCUUAUCCCAAAAAUGCAUAACUUUGCAUUUUUUCUACAUUAAAUUUCAUCUUCCAUUUGUGUGCACAGUUCCCCAAUCUAUCUAAAUCCCUCUUCAGCAAAGUAAUACCCUGCUCACAUUGUAUUACUUUAUAGAGUUUUGUGUCAUCUACAAAUACUGAAACAUAACUUUCAAUACCCAGUUCAAGAUCAUUUAUGCUAAAUAGAAGCAGCCCCAGAACAGAACACUGUAGGAUGCCACUUACCACUUGUCAGGGUACCUUGUAUUAUGUACAACAUUGCUUAACCUAGGGGACCUCAGCAGAGGGUUGGGGACAUUCCACAUGGUCCCCCUCCUCUCUCCAGUGGUCCAAACACCGGCUGCUGUAGCUCUGCCCCAUUUUAUGAUGUGGUGUGUGUGCACUAACGUCAGAGCGACAAUGAAAUCACAGCUUGCCAAAAUUUGUGAAUUCUAACAUUUUGGGGGCGCGGCUAUAAAAUUAGUGCCAGGCUAUAAAUAGUUUGCUGGGUCCUUGUCCUGUUGUGGAUCUGUUUUGGUUACCAAAUAGUGCAUUAAAUUCCUCUCAAUGGAUUUCUGAUUUUGAUCUUGGCUAUUACUGACUAUUCUCCUAUCUAUGACUCAGCUAUUGUACCUCAUAACUCCUGAUUUCUGGUUUCCCCGACUCUGGUUUGUCCCCGGCACUUCUCUGUCUUUUGUACACGAAGCCUGGCCACUCCAAGGUCCGAUAUAUCAUUGUACACUGCGUGUUGGAUCUCUCUGUAUACCUGACAUCACUAUUGUCCAACUUGAACAUUUACCAUUUAUGACAACUCUCUGUAUUUUAUCUUUAAGCCACUGUUCUAUCCAAGAAAACAAUUUUUCAUCUAGACCAAUUUCCUUUAGUUUGAACACUAACCUAUUGUGGCAAUAUCCAAGUAGAUCACAAUCACUACAACACCCUAAUCUAUACUUCUACUUACUUCUUUGUAAAAUUCAAUUAAGUUAGUUUCACAUAAUUCAUGUAGAUUUUUGCAAAUAACAAUGUUGUUCCAAAUAUAUUCCUGAAUAUUAUCGCUUAAUAACCUUUCAAAUACUUUCCCAGCCACAGAAGAUACAACUGAUUUACCCCAUGGUUUAGAUUUAGAAAUUACUGAAUCACAUUCAUAUCACACAGAAAAAUAGUUUGAUGCAGAAUGUAAAGUAAUCGGCAUUCACUAGCUGAGAAUAGCCUUUUAGAUCCUUGACUACUUUAUGAUACAUUCAAAUGUGAAUUCCUAGCAUUUUGGGUGGUUCUAUCACUAUCAAGAUGUUCUACCCCAAGCAUGUCAAACUCGCGACCCAUAAUGGACAUCUUUGCAGCCAGCGAGCCACGAGUACAUGCUUAGUGUUAAAGCAGAGUAGGCACCUGCUAUCUCCACAUUGCAGGUGCCUACUCUGUUAAAUUUUACCCGGCUGGGAGGAGAGGUCGCUGAAGGAACUCAGUCUUUCUGCUCCUCACUGCUCCCUCAUGCAUGCCGUCUGUAGUGAUGCUGGGUGCCAGAAUAUGACGUCACAUUCCUGCACCCGGCAUCACUAUACUGCGCACGUGAGGGAGCAGUGAGCAGCAACAAGGAGAUCUCCAGAUAGAAGAUCCUCACUGGACCCCAUGGAUAAAUACAAUGAUUUGAGAGUGUGCAAGAAUGUGUAAAUGUUUGUAUCUGUGUGUGUGUCUCUCAGUGACUGUGUGUCUGUCAGUGAGUGUGUGCAAGAAUGUGUAAAUGUGUGUGUCAGUGAGUGUCUGUCUGUGUUUUUCUGUGUCAGUGAGUGUGUGUGUCUGUGUGUGUGUGUCAGUGAGUGUGUUUGUGUCUUGCGGUGUGUGUGUGUGUCAGUAAGUCUGUGUGUGUCUGUGAGUGUGUCUGUGUGUCUGUCAGUGAGUGUUUGUGUGUAUGUGUCACUGAGUGUGUGUGUGUGUCGGUCAGUGUUGCGAUGGCCGCGGCUGGACAGUGGAGGACCUGGAGGUGCACGGAGGCAUGCAGCGCCAUGUCACAUUCCAACGUGACCUUGACGUGCUCCACCUUCACGGGGUUUAAAAAAGUAGCAGAAGGAUCCACUUUGGCACAGGGUGAGGACGGCGCCAUUUGGCGUAUACCAGAGGCCUGACUCCGGAGUCAAAUACUGGCAGUGACAAUGUGAGUGGAGUCUGCUUGUUGGCUAGAGGGGGGUGCUGGGAAUUAGUAGAGGGGGAACUGGGAUUUGGAAUAUGAGGGGAACUGGGAUUUAGUAGAGGGGGUGCUGUGGUUUAGUAGAGAGGGAUGCUGUUUUUUUUUUAUACUGUACUUUUCUGUACUUUUUUUUUUUUUUUGUGGUCCAUAUAAACUUAAACCUUGUCUAGACUUUGAGUUUGACAUGCUUGUUCUACCCUGUCCUGUGGGAAAACAAUUACCAACACUGUAUAGGAUAAAAUCUGUGGUUUGCAUGUAUUUUUUUUCUUUCACUAUACUUUAACUCUGUUAUGUUUCCUUGUUUAUUGAUGGGGCAGGAGUCUUCUCAAUAAUGCUGGUAUCAUAUAUCUCUUUAGCUUUUUUUUUAUUAGUAAGAUCUUGUUGUGACUAGAUAAGUUACUGACAUCUCCCAAGACUGUGUGUAUAUGUAAAUAUGUGCAUGCAUACAUGAACGUAGAUUAUUUAACAACUACAGGUACUUCAGCAACCUGAGAGUGUUUGUCACAUAGUUUCUGGUUCAUGGUCAGUUUAGUAUAACUUUGCUUUGCUCUCAAAUAGUUUGCCAAAUGUAACUCAACACAAAAUUGGGAUACUAGAACUUUUAUUGUACAAAAUGUAAAAAAAUAAAAUCAAAAUGUAAACCUGAAGUGGUGAUGAUGAAGGCACGAACUGGCAGGGCUACCAUCAGAAAUUUUGGGGCCCCUGACACAGCUCAAGGUCUGGGCCCCCCGGUGCCUGUACCCGAGUCUGCCCAAAGUGCUGCCGUGUCUGCAGGGCCGGUGCAAGGAUUUUUGCCGCCCUAGGCAAAAGUAAAGUUUGCCGCCCCCCCAUGUGACAUCACAAUGCCCCACCCAUAUGAUCUGCCAUGUUAACUAACACCAGUGCUGCAGUGCCGCCGUGUUUACAUUAAAAGGCCUGCAGGGACAGGCUAGACACCAGAACCACUACAUUAAGCUGCAGUGGUUCUGGGACUAUAGUGUCCCUUUAAUGUGAGGUAAAUUAGAGAUUAGUGCCACGAAUAAUAUACUAGAUUGCCUACUUACAACCAGAUGAGGAUGAUGAUGGGCUCUAGCUGCCGCCUGGCUCCACUGGUCUGGUGUAGAACAGGCUCUCUGGAGGCGGUUUGUAACUGUGGUCACAAAAAUCAAUGUUCUGGGAGAACGGGAAGCAGCUCCAUUUUUUUGGGGCCCUUUACACAGCUCAAGGUCUGGGUCCCAGGGUCCACCUUCAUGUUCCACCAAUGAGUUUGUUCACAGGGGGUGGAGUGUGUGGGGGAUGUCCUGAUGUGUGUAAGGAAUGCAUUGUGUGAAUCUGUGUUUGUAUGUGUAAGGGCUGCAAGGUGAGUUUGUGUAUGUAUGGGAUGCAGUGUGUGCGUCUGUAAGGGAUGCAUUGAGUGUGUGUAAGGGGUGCAAUGUGUGUUGCUGUGUGGAAGGGAUGCAUUGCUUGUGUAUGUGUGUCUGUGUGUAAUGCAUUGUGUGUUAAUCAGUGUGCAAGGGGUGCAUUGUGUGUGUGUGAUGUCAAUCUCUCCCCCUCCCCCGUCAAUUUCCUUCUCCCCCUCCCCCCGUCAAUUUCCUUCUCCCCCCCUCUCCAAUUACCUUCUCCCCUCCCUCCAAUUUCCUUCUCCCCCCCUCUAACUUCCUUCCUCUCCCCCCUCCCUCAAAUCUCCCCGGCUCUUCCUUUCCUCUCCUCAAAUUUCCCCUCCUCUCAAAUCUUCCUCCUCUCCCCCAAAUUUCCUUCCUCACCCCCCCUAUACUUUUUUUUUCCAUCCCCCCAGCCUCCCUACCUGUAGGAGUGUUGAGGGGAUUCCUUGGGGUCCAGUGGUGUCACCCGGCGGUCGGUCCUGCAGGCGGGCGCGUGCGCGAGGGAGCACUCUCCCUGGCUGAGUGCUUCCACUUCAGCUCCCUCGCGACGUCAUCUUCCGGCUCCGGCAUCAGUGCGGUGCGCGAGGGAGCUGAAGAGGAAGCACUCAGCCAGGGAGAGUGCUCCCUCGCGUGCCCGCCAGGUGUCAGCAGGGCCAGCCUCUGGGGGAGAAGAGGCUGGCCCAGUGGGUACAUACCAGGGUUGCAGGGCCCCCUGCAACCCGGUAUGUACACCACUGAAUGUGGGGCCCGGACGACCUGAGCAGUCCGGGCCCCCCAGGACCGGCGGGCCCAUGACAACGUUAUGGUUGUCAUGCCCUGAUGGCUGCCCUGCGAACAGGGCUGUACUAGGGAAAAAACUUCACCCGGGCAUUUUUUAAUCACAGCGGCCCAGUGCGUAGGGGGCGUGGCCUUAGAGGGGGGUGUUUUGUCAUCACCAGUGACAAGCUUGUACCCUCUCGAAGUAAGCAUGUUGAUUCAAAGUCCUUCCAGGUCAGACCAUGCGCAGAGCCAUGCUGAAGAGCUCUCACGUGAUAAAAAGACUCUUUAUUUGUUCUACGCAGUGCAAACAAAUUGAAUUACCCGCUAGCUCUGUGUUUGCUUGUAACAUAUCUCUGGUAUCUUCAUAGGAGAACAAAAGGGCCAAGAGAGCUUAUUGUACAUGUGUUUGAAGGCUGCAUGUGGGAUUGAAUGUAUGUAAAGUGAUUGUGGUGAUUGUGGUGUAUUGUUUUGUGUAAAUAGGUUGUAUUUGUGGUGUGAUAUGUGUGGCUAGGGGCUGUAGAGAGUGUGUGUAUUGGUACUGUAGUGUGUGUAUAUAGGGGGUACAGUGUGUGUAUGAAGGAUGCAGAGAGUGUUUGCAUAGGGACUUUAGUGUAUGUUUGUGUAGGUGACAUAGUUUGUGUAUGCAUUGUAGAGAGUGCGUGUUUAGAGAAUAUAGUGUUUGUGUUCAGGGGAUCUACUGUGUGCAUACGGGAUCCAGAAUGUUCAUAGGGGAUGUAGUGUAUGUGUAGGUGGUGCAGUGUGUGUAUAAGGGAUGCAAUGUCUAUAGGAGAUCUAAUAUGUGUUAGGAGUGUUGUGUGUGUGUGUGUCAGAGCACUCACCUGUGACUCCCUCGCUGCAUCUCUCCCCGCGGCUGACACGGUCCCUCCUCAGCGCACACUGGUGAGGGAGGAAAGCAUCUGAAUCCUGUAUUACAGUGGCACCGUGGCUCUUCGCAUCUCGCCAUGGCCCACAGUCACUCCACAGUCCAGGCUGUCACGAGUGUGCGUACACCUAGUGAACCACCUCUUGAAGGGGAGAGAAUCUAAUAGGCAAAUACCCAUUAACUAAUGGGAGAGGUGUAAACCUCUCUCCUAUAAAACCUCAUCCCAACAUGUCUCCAGUGCUCAGUUAAAUUGUGCUCGCUAUGGUGUUAACUUCAGUACGUCUAAACCUGCCAUGUCUGAUUUAUCUGGUAUUUGACCCUCCGCUAGUCUAAUCAUCUGUGAACCUGUGCUGCCCGUUCUGCCCACUGGCUUUCCCUGACUACAAGUUUCUUUAUUCCUGCGGUACCUCCCUUUGGCUCAUUCCUGCUACCUGGGCUCCUUCUGUUAAAUAUGUAACAGAGUACAUAACAGUGUGAGAGGUGCUGUUUGUGUGAGGGAUGCUGUGUGUGUAGGGGUGCAGGACAUUGGGGUUGAAGUGUGUGUGAUUGGUUCAGUGUGUGUAGGGUUGUAAUGUGUGAGGGGUGUAGCAUUGUACAGCGCUAUGGAAUUUGCUGGCGCGAUAUAAAUAAUAAAAUAAUAAUAAUAAUAUAGUGUGUAUGUGGGGGGGAUAAGAGAACAAAUAUAUUUGUUAAAUAAGAAAAAACAAAACAAAACAAAAAAAUAUAUAUAUUCCAGCUCCUUUCUUACCUCUUGCCAUGAAGGUGGGACAUUGCAAACCCUGGUGGUCCUGUGAUGGCGAGUGACUUUGGCCUGCAGCUCAUCUGGAAGCAGGCUAGAGUUCAGCCUCUCGGUCACUCCGCUCUGCAAUGAAGUAUCAGGUGGCCAGUGAGGGAGAUCUUUGAUCCUGUCACCAGCCUUUGAAGGCAGACAACAAGGCUGUCUCGGCAUGGGCAGCACGGUCCAUUGGGCAUUUGCACAGUCUGCCCAAUGACCAGUCUGGGGACAAAAACACCCAUGUAAACACACCUAACUUAUAUGGAACAUAUUGGGAUUUAGUCACACUGCGUGAUCAUUUUAUGCUGUGUGGACUAAUACAAAAUAUAUCCACAUAUAAAAUGAUAUCAUUACAAUCAAUCAAACCUGUUAGGGGGUGGGAUAUAUUAGGCAGCAGUCAUUUCUUGAAUUUCAUGUGUUGGAAGCAGAAAAAAUGUGCAAGCAAAAAGAUCUGAGUGACUUUGACAAAUAACGAUGGCUUGACAACAGGGACAAAGAAUCUUCAAAAUAGCAAGUCUUGUGGGGUGUUCCCGGUCAUAGGCGUGCGCACGGGGUGUGCCGGGUGUGCCUGGGCACACCCUAAUCCCCGUGCGCACGCCUAUGGUUUGAGUCCUGCAGGAACAGCGUUCCUAUACUUUUUUUGAGCAGGAACGCUGUUCCUGCAGGCACUCAGUGUCCCCUGUUUCACCUCUUGCCCCUGUCAUGGGAGGGCAAGAGGUGAUGAUUCCCCCCCACCCUGCAGCUCAGCCGCGGCGAGGGAGCUCUCUGCUUCCUCUCGCCGAGCGCUGAUGCCGGAAGCCGGAAUAUGACGUCAUAUUCCGGCUCCCAGUUACAGCAGACAGCCCGCGCGGCGAGAGGAAGCAGAGAGCAGAGAGCUCCCUCGCCGCGGCUGAGCUGGAGAAAGGCGCCUGCCCCCACUGGACCCCAGGAACAAGUCCACCAGCACUCCAGGUAGGAGGCUGGGUGGACAUUUAAAUUUUUUUUUUUAAAUAUAAUAAUUUGUCUGUGUGUGUGUGUGUCAGUGUGUGUGUGAGUAUGUGUCAGUGUGUGUGUGUGUCUGUGAGUGUGUGUGUCUGUGAGUGUGAGUGUGUGUCAGUGAGUGUGUAUGUGUCAGUGUGUGUGUGUGUGUGUCUGUGAGUGUGUGUGUCUGUGAGUGUGAGUGUGUGUCAGUGAGUGUGUGAGUGUGUGUCUGUGUGUGUCAGUGAGUGUGUGAGUAUGUGAGUAUGUGUCUGUGAGUGUGUGUGUGUCAGUGUGUGUCUGUGAGUGUGUGAGUGUGUGUCUGUGAUUGUGUGUAAAUGUGUGAGUAUGUGUCUGUGAGUGUGUGUGUCAGUGAGUGUGUGAGUAUGUGUCAGUGUGUGUCUGUGAGUGUGUGAGUGUGUGUCUGUGAGUGUGUGUCAGUGUGAGUGUGUGAGUAUGUGUCUGUGAGUGUGUGUGUCAGUGAGUGUGUCAGUGAGUGUGUGUGUGUGUGUGUGUCAGUGUGUGUCUGUAAGUGUGUGAGUAUGUGUGUGUCAGUGUGUGUGAGUGUGUCUGUGAGUGUGUGUGUCUGUGAAUAUAUAUAUAUGUAUAUAUAUAUAUAUAUAUAUAUGUAUAUAUAUAUAUAUAUAUAUAUAUAUGUGUAUAUAUAUAUAUAUAUAUAUACACACACACACGCGGCGUAUGUUUGUGCUUUAGGGUGCACACCCUAAUGCAAUAGGCUGCGCACGCCUAUGUUCCCGGUAUGUAGUGGUUAGUACCUACCAGAAGUAUUGCAAGGAAGGACAACUCGUAAUACACUGUCAGGAUCAUGGGUGCCCAAGGCUCAUUGAUGCACGUGGGGAGCGAAGGCAAACUCAGGGGCGAUCGCACAGAAAAUCUACUGUAGUUCAAAUUUGUGAAAAAAGGUCAGGAUGAUAUAGUGGCACAAUAUGCAGAAUUAAGAAACACACGAAUAAAAAUACUAAAAUAGAUAUAGUAUGUUACCGGACCUUAGAAUGGUCAGAUUUAACAUACAAAGAAUAGUCGGUAACAAGCUGAGGUCAGGGACACAGACAGAUAUAAGAACAAAUAGACAAAACCAAGGAUAAUAGAAUUAGGGAUAGUCAGGAACAAGGCAAGAUCUAAAAACAGAUAAACAAUAACAAGAUCACACUCUCUAAUAACCAGCAGGUGGAAACCAUGACUGAAUACAGGCACAUUAGGUUUUUACAUAACAUGAAAACAUUUCUGAUUGGUUGUGAUGGGCCCUUUGACCCCAAAACUUGAUUGCGCGUCGAUGACGAGAUGAUCCACCUAUGCUUACGUCAAUUAUGACAUGAUCAAGCUGGAGCUAUAUAACACCAUGGAACUUCGUCCUUAAUGUUGAUGGACUAGUUGGGCACUGCAGCAGCAGUAUGAUGGGCUGCAUGCUGUUUAACUAAAAUUUAGUCUCCCUUCCUCCUUUCCAUAUGAUCACACUGAUUGGGAUUGGGAACGCGGCAGCAGAAUGGGUGCCGAAUGGGUGCUGUGACAAUAACUUAAUGUUGGCCAUGAUAGAAAGGUGUCAGAACACAAAGUGCAUCACAGUUUGCUGCAUAUUGGGGCUGACCAUUUAGAGUGCCUGUAAUGACCCCUAUCCAGCACCGAAAGCUCCUUCAAUGGGGAUGUGAGCAUUAAAAGUGGAUCAUAGAGAAAUGGAUCAUGGAAUGGUGUUUAACAUAGAGGUGUGUUUGUAUGUAGUGUUGACAUUUGAAUGCAGGAGUGUGUAUGCAUGUAGUGUUGAAAUUUGAAUGCAGGGUUAUAUUUGUGUGUAGUGUUGGAGUUUGAAUGCUGAGAUAUAUGCACAUAUAUACACUGCCACACACACACUGUGAUACACAAACACAAACAGAGAUACACAACUUGACACACAUGCAGAUACUCAGACACACAAGUACACACUGAUACACAUGCAGAUACACACACUGACAGACAUACUGACACACACAAUACUGACACACACAGAUACAUACAUGGAUAGACCAGUGGCGGAUCCAGGGGGGGGCAACGGGGCAAUUGCCCCCCCCUAGAAAUCCGCCGGUCUCCCUCUCCCUCCCCUGCCAGCAGCACAUGCAAGUGCCAGCCUUGCAAUGUGCCUGCGGACCGGGGGGAAGAUCACAGAUCUCCCUCCCCCGUCCGCAGGCACUAUGCUGGCGGCCGGCGGGGGAGGGAGAGGGCGUGAGAGAGAGGACCCGGGAGCUAAGGCUGCAGCUCCUCCGGGUCCUCCUCUCGUGAGAUUUGAAGCGUUGCCGCGGUUACCACGGCAACGCUCCAAAUCUCGCGAGAGUGAACUCUAGCCCGGGAGCGCGGGCUAGACUUCACUGUCCCCUCUGGGACCACCAGGGAAUCCCCCACUGGACCACCAGGGAAAUGUCCCCCCUGCCCCCAUUAAAGGUAAGAAGGGAGGGGGGACAUAAAUAUAUAUUUUAAUUAAAUUAAAAAAAAAUUAUUAUAAAAAAAAAGCCACACACACAUAAAUUGCCCCCAAUACUGCCCCCCCAUUCACACAAACUGCCCCCCAUUCACACACACUGCCCCCACACAAACUGCCCCCCAUACACACUGCCCCCCAGACACACACACACUGCCCCAUAUACACACACACACUGGCCCCCACAUACACACACACUGCCCCCCAUACACACAAACUGCCCCCAUACACACAACUGCCCCUCAUCACACACACACUGCCCCCCAUACACACAUUACACUGCCCCACAUACACACAUACUGCCCCACAUACAUACUGCCCCACAUACACACACUGCCCCCCAUACACACACAUACACUGCCCCCAUACACACACAACCGCCCGCCAUACACACAAACUGCCCCCAUACACAACUGCCCCCAUACACGACUGCCCCCACAUACACACACUGCUCCCCCAAUACACAUACCGCCCCCAUACACACACACUGCCCCCCAUACACAUAUACUGCCCCCCAUACACACAUACUGCCCCCCAUACACACACACUGCCCCCCAUACACACACACUGCAACUGUUACACACACAUACUGACCCACACAUACACUGCAUCCCUGACAUACACCCUCACUCACACACUACAACCUUCACACACACACUGCACCCCUUACACAUUGCACCACUCACACACACCACUGCUCCUAUGCCCUACUACAGCCCCAUUUCCCAGCAGAUCUCAGGUAAGUUGUCAAACUGUUCUUAAACGGUUUGACUACUUACUGUGGGAGGGGGUCCCGGCACUAUUGACACCAUAACCACUACACUGAGCUGUAGUGGUUAUUGUGUCUGGAUUAUUUCUUUAAAUAAUCUACAAGUGCCCCUCCCGAGAUCAGGCUCUGGAUCCGCCACUGGGAUAGACAUACUGACACUCACAGAAAUACAUAUACUGACAGACAUACUGACACAGUGGCGUUCUAACGGCGGGGUGGUCCGCCCCGGGUGUCACUCACUAGGGGGGUUCCCGGGGCAGACUGUGUCGGAUCCUGGGUCACUGACUGAGGACCCGACACCAGGAGGGGGCCCGUUGGCUUGCUUGAUAUGCCGCCGGGUGCGAUGCCCCUCCUGUGCCCAUCGCAGACACCGGUCCUCAGCUCCGCAAUGUGCAGAGCUGCAGAACAUGUGUCUUGCAAGCUCUGAUCAAUCAAUCAGAGUUGCAGACCGGAUAUUAUGGCCACCGGACCACCAGGGACCCCAACGGACAACCAGGGAAUUAAGGUAUAAAACAAAUCCAAAAAUACUGAAUGCCCUUAAUCAGGCUGAUCACAGUGUUAAUGCUGUGAUCAGCACUGAAAGGGUUAAACAAAUUUGAUAUGUAAAACAUUUAAAAACCUUUCACACAGUAACUAUCAAAGAUCUCUCUGUCUCUCUCUCUCAGAUCAAAGUGAGGUGAAGGAGAGGUGCAGAGGGAAUGUGUCAGACAAUAUUACAAAUCAUUGGCUGACACAUUGUAACAGUGAUCGCAGUGCCUGGCUGUCACUGCGAUAACAUGCUGCAGAUCUCGGUCAUUGGUCACAGGGGACUGCCUGGAUCGCCAGACAGAUUCCCUGACCGCAAUCUGCAGUGGACGAAUGGUGGCGCACACAUGGGCUGCUGCCCACCGGUGUUUAGGACCGCUCUUUAAGGGUGGCAUAGAACGCCUGCUGUCUUUCAAGGGGUUGAUUGAAGUUCUCACAGACAAACAGUUUUACAAUACACUUAACGUAUGUAACAUACCUAGACACGAUAGAGCACACAUUUCUUUUUCUAUUAUGUUCUUAAUAAUAUUAAUAAUUAAUAUUUUUUUCUGUUAUUUCUGUUAAUUUCUUUGUUUAGAAAUGUAUAUAUUUUUUUCAGAAUAUAUUGUUGCAGAUGAUUAGUUUUUAUUUAAAUUAUUAUAUUUUUUGUGUUGCUUUAUUGUAUGUCCUGUCCUUCUAUGGGUUUUUGAAAUUUACAAUGACCCUGUUAUGUGAAACAAACAAAUGUCAUCAUCUAAAUUAGCCUGAUUAACCUGAACAGCAAUCUGAAAUUCAGAUGAAGUGAUCUAUAAUUAUCUCUCUGUAGAUAACUGAUGUACAGCAACCUGAAACUGGAAAUCAGACAGAGAAUUUCUUGGAUAUCGACGAGGCUGAUCCCGUUGAGAUGGAAAGAAAGCUUCUAUUUUUGAACUUAGAUUUUCAGCAGCUGGCUGUCAAUGAAAAUACGAUAAAUGCUGAAAUUCGGAAAAGGGUCUGGAAACGGAAUAAAGGUUACAAUGCUGGAAUGAGAAGUGAAGUCAGAAGGCUCCAGUCAUUCUUCUCAUACAGACACCUGUCCACAUGGUGUCCGAAGAAGAUGGCCAGAGCUGGACUUUAUUUCACUGGUGAGGAACAUAGUAUCCAGUGCUUCUGCUGUGGCCUUAUUAUUUGCACAACGAGCAUGAGGACAUUUCCAUAUGAAAAGCACAUCAAAUACAAUCCAAGUUGUGCUUUUAUACAAGGUAAAGACACUGGUAACAUUCCUAAAUAUGAGGUCCGUGUUCAGCAGCCAGAGAUCAAUCAGAUAGAUAUACAAAAUUUAAUGACGGAGGAGUCAAGGUUACUGUCCUUUGCCUGUUGGCCUUUCUAUUCUAGGAUUCGACCUGCUGAUCUGGCCAGGGCAGGAUUUGUCUUUACAGGUGAGGGCACAAUUGUGCUAUUCUAUUUCUUUAUCAAGUUUUGAUUUUAUUUUUAUUUUUGUAUAUUGAAUGUCACUUAGUUGCUAUAACAAAAAAUGUAUGAGACCAAAUUAAAUCAUUUUCAAGAUUAAGCAAUCUUUCUUUGUUGAAUAAUAAUUUUACUGACUAGAAUUGUAUAUUGUAGGCAAAAGGUCGGCAACCUACAGUACGCGUGCCAUGCAUGGCAUGUUGGAUGCCUUUUCAUGCCACGUGAGGUUAUCUGACUUAAAUGGGCCAGAUGGGCAGAUCAAAAUAUUUCUUCAGCUGGCCCAGAGUGCCCAAUACCAUCACUAGGCCCCAAAACGUAUACUUGUGUGGCACAGGAGCCUCUUUGGAGUUCUUUUUUGGUGAAGUGCACUAGCUGUUACUUGUGGAAUUAGUCUGACAGUUCCCUGGGUUGAGAACUGAAAGGUAGUGAUGUCUGUGUAGCUCCAUUUUAUUUCAAUUUGCACUAAGGAAGUGCAACAAACAUUGGAGGAGGAAGGCAGAAAUAACUAAAUUGGGAGGGCACCCUCAAGGAGGUCCCUCAAGUAACUGAUAUAAAUAAUAAAUACACCAUGAAUACAAUAUCUCUUGGAGAAUUCUUGAAAGGUAUAUAGAAUAUAAGCAAUAAAAAAUUCUAGUAUCUCUAACAAAUCAAAAAGUAUCUUAGGGCAAAAAGUGAUAAAUAUAGGGGCAAAUAAGCUUUAUUGACAUCAUGAUGCCCAAAAGAAACUAAAAUGUAAACGAUGGCUGAAUAAGAUACAAACUAUAUCCCCCCCUUAAUUGUCUAAACUGGGAGUAAGUUUGUAGCAAUCCACAAUCAUCAGUACGAUCUGCCUAGCCGGGAAUAAAGCUUGUUAUUAUAAGGGAAACUGAUCAAUGUCUUCAUCUAAAGAUCCAAUUAACUAAAUAUGCUAUGAUUAUACAGAGCUGCUGCAAUAGACACCGCUAGACUUGUUCCCUGUAAGCUCCUAGAAACACCUUCGUGAGUGUUCUAUGCUAAAGCUGUUCUUAAACCCGGUGUCUACAUCAGCCCUCGAUGAAGUAUUAGAUAAUGCUUAGACUAUAUACAUCAACAAAACUACUCACUACAAAAAAGUGAAAAAUAAAAGAUAAAAAACAAAAACAAAUCCCUUCAAGUGCAUAGUGCUAAGUGAAGUGAAGUGAAGUGAAGGGAUAAAGAGCUGAAACGCCCGACGCGCGUUUCGGAGUGCAAGGACUCCUUCGUCAGCUAAGAAGCUCCCGCCUAAACAUCCCCAGUGUUUAAAUACAUCAGUAGCCAAUCAAUGUUCAGAUAAUACUAACGUCAGACAAUAUUGAAAUUGCAUCCACGUGGGGCUUUCACACUAGCCAAUCAAUGCACAGACUGUACCACGUCAUUGGUGACGUUGUCAGAGCCCCCCACAUGGAAUGUCAAUUUCUCUUAACAUAGAAAAAUUGACAGUAUGAGUGACCAAUUAGAAUCUCUCUCUUCACUAAUGGUCACGAAAAAACAAGAAAUAGUAAUAUCGGCUAGUAAUGAACUAUGUAGAAAUUACAAUGGAGCAAAGUAUCGAUACCUUAGUCCGUCCUAAUUAUUUUUAUAUCAUUGCAAAUGCUUCCAAAGACAUCUCAAAACAUUGAUCAUCAGUCUGCCCAAUAGUUAUAAUUCUUACAAAAGGGAGAAGAUAUCCAUAAAAAUAAAUAAUUACCUAUGAUGAAUGAAGAUGUAAUAUGGCAGAAGUAAUUCAUAAAUUAACUGUAUAUCGAUGUCCUCAUAAUAUUAACGAUCGUAAGCCUCAGGUAUAAACUAAGGGUUUCCAGGGAGUAUCCAUAAUUUUUAUAGAACGAAGGGAACAUCUGAUAGAAUAGCAUAGUAGGUUUAUAAUUUGCCAUAGCUGUACAAUUUUAACGUAUAUGUAAUUUCAAUUGCGAAUAUAUAAUUCGCUAUUAGAAUAAAAAGGAUAUUUGCCACAACAGUUAUGCGCUGUUAAGAAUUAUAUAAUGCAUAAGCAAAGAAUCAUGAAAGGAUAUCGAUAAUUUUUAAAAAGGGGAGAACCAUAUAAUAAACGGCAUAUUUAAUUUAUAAAUUGCUAUGAUUGUGCAAUUUCAACUAUCUAGUUGCGAUAGCCAAUAUAUGGUUUGCUUUAAAAUAAAGAGAGAAUAUUCACUGCCACAUUUAUGUGCUGAAAACAACUACAUAACAUAUGACAGAGAAGUCAAAAAAUAAUGUCAAUGGUUAUUGAAGAGCAGCUGCACAAUAUACAACAUACUAUGUGACCAAAAGGUCAUGAGACAGUAUCGAUAAUUUUUUAAGGAAAAUAACAUAUAAUAAGACAACAUGAUGGAUUCAAAGAUUACCAUAAUUAUUCCAUUGUAAGUACAUAGUUCACUUUCAAAUAAGGGAAAGUAUUUUCCUCAACAGUUAUGUGUAAUGACGGCUAUAUAGUGUGUAAAAAGAGAAAGGAGGGGUGGGGGAGGGAGGGCAACUGGUUUCAUUAUCAUAUAAUGCUUAUCAUCAGUGAAUAACAGUGAAGAAUUAACGAGAAGUUAGAAUCAACUAUCAAGAAAGACUAACCAAGAUAUGGAGGUGUACAAAAUAAAAAUAUUAUAGAGACUUUUAAAUAAAUAAAGAAUAUGAGAAGCCCUCAUUAAGGCCCCCUCGGGGACAAUGUUUUCAAACGAUAAAUCCAAUAACAUUCACGUCUUCUCAGGCGUUGGUCCCAAUUGCCCUUCCUCUGGUCUGGUUUAAUCAAUUCAAUGCCCAGAAAUUUUAGAACUGUAGGGUCCCCAUUGUGGGCUGUCUUAACAUGUCUGGAGACAGACGUCUCCAGAUUUCGUGUUGUCUUUACAGAAUUUAUAUGUUCCAGUAUUCGCCUUUUAAAGGGGCGAAAAGUUUUACCAACAUACAUAAGCUGACACUGACACGUAAUUAAAUAGACUACCCCUUUAGAGUUGCAAUUGAAAAACGACAAAGGUUUAAAAUGUUCCGUGUGUUGGCUGUUACUAAAAAUUUUUGAAUUCAAACUUAUGAAGCUACAAGCUUUGCACCUUCCACAUUUGUAGGUACCUUUAAUUUUAUCUGAAAGCCAGUGUGUCGGAGAUUUAUGAAGUUGAAAAUGGCUAUGUACUAAGGAGUCCCUCAGAUUCCUCCCCCUCCUAGCUGUUAGGGAUGCAUGUGACGGAAGAACAUCCCUCAAAUGUGCAUCUUGUUUUAAUAGAGGCCAGAAGCGAUUCAUGAUGGUCUUAACCUGGUCCCAGCCGGCGUCGAAGGUGGCAACACACCUAAGUUGUUUCUGAUCCCCUUCCUUCAGCAAAGAGGUCAUAGGGGUAUUUUCACUUAGCAAGGCUUCCUGUUCAGUUAGGAGUGCCCUUAUUGGGGUAUCCCUUGGACCUAAACAUAAGACGUAACUCCUUUGCUUGGAUCUUGAAAUCCUCUAUGUCUGAGCAAUUUCGCCUCAAACGUAGAUAUUGGCCCGUAGGGAUCCCUUUUUUCUGUGGAAUUGGAUGAUAACUUUUCCAAUUCAGUAAACUGUUAGUCGCAGUAUGUUUCCUGAAUAAGUUUGUUUUAAUAGUGCCAUGUUGUUCUGGAGAAAUCAUCAAAUCCAAAAAGCUGAGAGAUGGGGUUCCAAUCUCAGCCGUGAAUUUGAGAUUUAGAUCAUUUACAUUCAGACCUUGCACAAAUUGCAAAAAUUGUUCCCCUGACCCAGUCCAGAUGAUUAUGAUAUCAUCGAUAUACCUUUUCCAAAGAUAAAUGAACUGGGUCAGGGGAUUUUUGGAGGGGGAUAUGAACACCACUUCUUCUUCCCACCAACCAAGGUGCAGGUUGGCAUAUGAGGGUACACAAGACGUCACCAUAGCCGUCCCCUGCACCUGGUGAUAAUAUGCUCCAUCAAACAGAAAAAAAUUAUGUGGAGGAGGUCCUGGGUGGCAUGCCUAUGAUUGAGCAGACAAGGAGUCUGCACACAUCAGUUGGAAUGCAUGUCUUCAGGGUAUUGCUCCCAUUCAUAUUGGUCAGAAGCCUUUAGCCAAAAGUCCACACCUGAUUCACAUUUUCACAAGUAUCAUGGAGGAGGUUAAGACGCUGCAGAAAAAAGGGAAAUAAUUUCCAGUGCAUCCAAGGUUCUUGACUCUUAUCCAUCGAAAACAGAAAAACCCAGAAAAAAAACCUUUCAUGUUAAAGCAUUUCAAACAAAUCUCCAAAUUGCAAGAUUCUGAAAACUGGGACGAAUUGCCAGAGGUAAAUUUGCAGGUCAACAUUCCUAUUGGAGAAGUGGCUGGUUUCAAGGAUUCCAUGGACAAGUGUGCAGAGACUUCAUGCAGGAGAACAUUUCAAACUGCAGCCUUCCAAAAUAAGGCCAGCAUUGCUGGAGCAUCAGUGGCUGGUUACAGUUUCUGUAAGAUGGUAUCCAAAAGGAACAGACAAAAAAUUAAAUCACCUGCUUAAAAACCAUUAGAAUAGGUAAUGAUUAUUUAUGUGACAUGACAGAAGAAGUUGUGAAACUGUCAGCCUGGAUCAUGAGUUUACAAUCAGUUGCCAGGCAGGAGAUCUGGCUGAAAUCCUGUACUGCAGAGACAGCUUCUAAGGUAGCUGUAUGUGAGCUUACAUUCAAAAAGCUGUUUAGUCCUCCACUAUAAGAAAUGAUUGAGCAGAUGUCUGGUACUAAAAAGGCUCUCCCUCAAGAUAGGAGUAGUAGAUGGAACACAAAUCACACAAAGAUCAUACUGAUAUAAUGAAUGGUUUUGCAGUUUCCUCAGACAGGCACAGGAUGCUAUGCCCGGUGAGAAGCAAUCUCAUAAAAGUCAAGACAAAAGGAGGAAAUUAUGAUGCCAUACAGAGAGUGGGAGGAAGACUUUAUGCGUUCAUUCAGCAAUGGGAAAUGACCACUAUAGUGCAAGAUAAGAUUUCUGGAGGUUCCUUCUUCUCAAUUCUUUUGUUCAACAUACUCCUCUCAAGUAAAGAUAGAUGCUCUGCUAGCCAAAUCUUUGGUUCUUCUCUGAAAAGGUGUCAUACAAAAAGUUCCAAAGAAGUACAUUUUCAAGGGGUCUAUAAAAGACGUUUCAUAGUAGUAAAACAAGACAACACUUUAUGUCUAGUCUCAGAUUUAAAGAAUGGGAAUGCAUGCAUCCAAUAUCAAAGAUUCCGAAUGGAGAGGUUUUUAGCAAUUACCCACAUGCUACGCAAGGAGAUUAUAUGGCCACCUUAGAAUUAAAGGACGCAGGACGCCUAUCUUAAGGAAAUACCUGAGAUUUGCAAUCAAGUCUGGAACAAGGGUUUUACACUUCCAGUUCAAAGCCCUUCAUGUUCUGCCUUUCUACAGCUUUAAAAAUCUUUACCAAACAUCUAAUUCCUCUGGCAGAUGGACUUUGAGAAAAGGGUAUCUCUGUUGUCCCUUAUUUAGACAAUUGGGUUCUAAAAGCCAACUUGAGUUUGCAACUGCAAAGAAACAUUUAAGUCACACUGCAAGCCUUGUAGGAAUAUGGAUAGCUGGUAAGCUGGGAAAAAUCACAAAAUUACCUCAACAAGAAUGAAUGGUGCAUUAGGUCUAGAAGUAGACUCCAUGUCUCUUUCCCUCAAGCUUUAAUUUUAGAAGAUAAGAAAGAUCAGAAAAGAGGUGACCAGGGGGGCAGUUGUAGACCGUGCUGGACUGUCUUGAGAGAUUCGGAGCAGAGGACGCAGCCAAGCCUCUGCCGAAGCCUGGUACCAGCCUUUUUUGGACCCGCACCCCCCCCUUUGGACCAGUGGGGGUUAUCCCAGUCACCACUGGCAUGCUUUUUGGCCCCCCCAAAUGGUCUUUUACAUGCUACUGUAAACUAGAGGCCUGCUCACUAAGAUGGCUGACAAUGCUUGGAGUGUCAUGAUGCAUGUACACUCACUGAAGCCUACUUGAGUGGAUCCACUUUUGCUGGUGUUUGAUGCUCUGUGUGCUAAGUUCUGGGAGAGAAUCUUGGCCUGCGUGGUGCCUGCUUCUCCUGAGGUUCCGUGCGUUCGGGACCCAGAUAAGUCUCCAGGGUAUCCUUCAUGUGCAAUGCAGAGGAGCCAGGGGCUGAGGAUGACAGUGACCUGUGGUAGACUGUAACGGAUCACCUGGCACCCCGACUGGGUACCUCCGUUGAAGGAUGCUCCUAGCACUUCCUGAGGACUCCAAGCACUGCAGCAGACACCAAAACCACCGAACCGUAGGAGAAUAUGAAUGCUCUCAAGCAUAUGAAUGCUGUAGACAGUUGAAUAGGAAACCAUACGAAUAGGUUUACCCUCCUAGCAGUCAAACUGGAACAGCAUACAAUAAAUCCUUCCCCCAAUAAUGAGACGACACUUCACUUUGAGGGUUAAAACAGGAACUCCAGUGCUGGCACACCCAGCCUGGUUUUUAUUACAAUCCACAAAACAUAGUACUGCCCACAGGGUUUUGCAGAACCACCAAUAAACACAUUACAACACAUACAAUGCAAGUACAGCAGCCAAUCAGACACAAUGGGACAAUAGAAACACACCCAGCAUAUUCCUCCCCUCUGUUUAGGAGAUAAUUGAGUCAAUUACUGUAUCUACUCAAUUAUCUCCAAGCUGAAAAGUUACUUUUUGUACAUUUUUAUAACUUUGGGAGUUAACAUCGUACAUACAUAAAACUUAUCAUAAUCAAUCCAUUCAGGGGAACAACAUAUUAAAAAAUGGCACGAAUCAGACCAGGGGUUCAAAAGUUAAGGGAAAGUCCUUUGUGACUAAAUGAAGCAUGGCUUUCUGGCCCAAACCAGUUUCAGAGUCUUCUAUCCUGGAGAGUAAUUCAAUUAUCUCCCAGGACAGACACAAGACUCCAUUAAGCACAUGGUUGCAAAAAGACACAAAACACUUUAAAAUACAUAAAGUCACCUUUUACACAUAAGACACAGACAUGUCACAUGUCCCCAGAUAGCUGGGAUCUGAGCGCACAAAACUACCAAAUAGCGCUCAGAUCCUAUUCACACAGUUCAAUUGCCAUGGAGCCGAAGUCUUUAACUACACGAAUGGGCUCCAUGGCAUAGCUAUCUGGGUUAAUACCUUCACAUAAAGUCUGGUCCAUAGUCCAAAGGCAAGAGGCGGGCAAGCAGCCCCCUCCAAGGACACGUGGCGAGGCCGGUUUCGCCACAUAGACCUACCUUCAAGCCCCGCUGUCGUGUCCCAAAGCUGCACUCCAGGAGGGCCAAUCUUACCUCUGUAUUCCACCCAAUCGGAGAGUUCCAGCUCGCCGGAGUCUACUGCGUGCAUUGCAACCUUCCAGAGACUCGGACCCUGGGAAUGGCAAUGAUGUUGUUAUUCCUGGAGCUGCAGCGUAGAAUUGCAUCUGAGCUUUGGGGUGGUUGGGUGCCCCUCCACAGCUCGGUGGACUGUCACACUCCGGUAACAGCAGCCUCCUAUCUCAGGGCAUCGACUGUGUAUCCAUGUGAAGAUAAUAUAGAUUCCAUUGUUUCCACCUUGUUUUUAGUGCAGGACUUCUUGUUGUUUUUUUCCUUAUCUAUGGCCAUUAGUACCCAGUGGCUUUAAAGCUAUAAUUUAAUUUUUGCGUUACUCCAACAUGUUUCACCCAGCUUAAGUGUGCCGAGCUUGUCUUCUGAAUAUAAGCUUUCCUUACAACCUACAUGCCUAACUAGCCUAUCAUUCUUGUGUAUUAAUUUUUUUGCCUAAGGCUUAGCUAACCACAGCAAAGUUUAGGCCUUACCUUCUAACUAGACAGGCCUGACUUAACUUCUUUCUCUUUCAUGUAAUAAAAAAAAAUGUGCUGUGAUUUCUCCUUUAAUAAUCUCAGUUUGCACUCUGUGGCAGGUUGUUCAUAUUGCUUGUUGUAUCUUUCUUUUACAAAAAUUUAGUUCAUCUUCAUUGUUUUGCAUGCCUAAACUUCUAUGCCAGCACAAACCUGUAUGUAUGUCUCUGCACUGCAAAAAUAAAGAAUUAAAAUAAAAAAUAAAAGAGGUGACCACUCUGCAAACAGGUUCAGACUGCUCUUUCAGACAGUUAAUGAGUAGUGAUGUCGCGAACCGUUCGCGAACUUCCCGCGAACGGCUCGCCACGGUUCGCCACGAACCGUUCGUGGCGAGCUGCGGUCAGCUCACACAUCCCGGCCAAUCUCCAGCAGACCCUCCCUCCCAGACCCUUGCACCUCCUUGACAGCAUCCAUGUUGAAGGCAGCUUCGCGACAUCACUAUUAAUGAGCAAAUUCUCACAUCUUGUACUCCAGCAGUAUAUUGGCAAAGUACAAAUGAGACCCCUUCAAUGGGAAAUUCUUCAAAUCUGGUCCAGGGAGCAGGAGGAUUUGGACUCGGAGUUUGCCAUCUACACAAAAGUUCAAAAUAACUUAAAUGGUAGAUAUAUCCAGAUUUCCUUUUUUCUUUGCUCGUUUUACCACCAAAAAGACAUGCUUACAAUUGUCACAAAUUCCUCAAUAACAGGUUGGGGCGCUCACAUGAAUUUUUUAUUCGAACAAGGCAGAUGAACUCUUGAAAAGGCAAAACAUUCCUCCAAACUGAAAGCAGUUCUGAGAGCUCUACUUGCUUGACACAGUUGUCUCCUACCUGAGCAAACAAUUAGGAUCAGGAGUAGCUUAUUUUUUCUGCCUUUGCACACAGAUUAUGGCGUGGUCAAAAAAAGACUAGAAGCCAUUUCUGCUUUUCACAUCAGAGGAUUAGACAACAUGAUAGCAGACGACCUGAGCAGGGUACAGAGGACACAAAAAAGAGUGAUCUCUAGAUCCGAACAUGCUUGCAGGGAAUCACAAAGAAACUCGGCCAGCAAGAUAUAGAUCUCAUAACAAUCAUACUGAACAGGAAAUUACCAACUUUUACUCUUCUAUACAGAACAGCCAGAUUUUGUAGAUGGUCUCACUGUCAUCUGGGAUUUUAGUCUAGUAUACAAUUUCCAUCCAGUCUCCAGGAUUACACAUAUUCUUUAGAAAAUAAGAUCACAAAAAGCAACUAUGAUAGCCAUCAUUCUUUAUUGGCCAAAGCGAAGUUAGUUUCCCAGUUAUGUUGAGAACUUUCUGGUCUGGUGCAAAGAACAUGGCUGCUUAUUCCUGUCAAUUCAAGUUGUUCCUGGUUUUCUGCAAGAUGGCUUUUCUGCAUGUUUCAAUUUGGCUUGGUUGAAAGUGCAAGUGUUAGCUCUUAACUAUUUUCUUUUGAUGCAUCUGGCAUCCCACAUUCUUAUCAGGAGAUUUUUCAAGGCCAAAUGGCUUCAAGGGCCAUCACGGAAGUCCUUUUUUCCCAAAUGCGAUCUGUCAUUAGAACUCAACUCCCUUUGUGAUUUUCCUUUUGAACUACUGGAUGAAGUUCCCAUAAGGAUGUUAUCUUUGAAGACAGCUUUUCUUGGGGUAAUUGCAUCUGCCAGUAUUGUUGGCCAACUUCAGGUACUGUCCUGCGAGUCAGAUUUCACUAUUUUUCAUAACAAUAAAAUUGUGCUUCAUUUCAAACCCUCGUUUUACCAAAGGUGCUUACCAAGACCAACAUCAACCAACCCAUUACUCUUCCCACUUUGUGCCAGACACUCUCUUCUUCUGAAGAAUCCAAGUUACACUUGUUAGAUAUAAAGAGAGCUUUGGAUAUUUACAUCAACCGUUCCUCAACUUUCAAAGUCUUCAUCAAUUAUCAAGGCAUGCAUAUGGGUAAAAAAGACUUAAGGGCAACAGUCGCGAGGUGGUCAAUCACUAUCUACAUGGAGAAAGGCUUAUUCUAUGAGAGCUAUGUCUACUUCUUGGACAGCAAAAGCAUUGGUUUCUCCUGAGUACAUUUGUAAAGUGGUGACAUGGUCUUCAACCAAUACCUUAAUCCGUCAUUACAGAUAUACAUCUUUUCUUCCUCAGAAGCUGCUUUUGGGCAUAUGGUGCUUUUAGCACCCGUAUCUUGAUGACCGUUUGGGAUCAUCCUAUAUACAGUAUCCUAUAUAGGAAAAACAGAUAUUUUACUUACAGAUAUUUUUUUCUCCUUAGUAUAGUGGCAGUACAAAUUGCUCUCCCUGUAAAAUAAAGUAUUUAGAAAUUUUUGCAGUAUUUUAUCUCCUUCUUCUUACUUCUUGUUAAUACUGGAGGUUUUGGGCGUGAUUGUCAAUAUUUAAGGUAUGAUGGGGAGGGUUUGUUAUAUAAUUUGCAUAUUUUAUUAUACAGACUACUCGUCCAAUCUGAAAGUAGAACAACUCUAUUGUACUGCCGCUAUACUAAGUAAAAAAGAAUUUGCAAUUAGUAAAAUUGUGUUUAUAUUAAAAUAAUAUUUCUUGUAUGAUCCUUAAAACACCACCUCUACACAAUUGACAUACAAUCACACACAACACUAAAAGUAGCCACACAUACACAACCCUGCAAGCUGCCCCUCACACAAUAACACAGACAGUCUGCACCAUACACACAAGUACUACAAGCAACCUACAUACACACAUUUAACAUUAUAGACAUCCCACAGCAAUACAUAACACAACAGGCAGCCCAGAUAAACACACACAAUACUACAAAUGGUUCAUAUACAUAAUAUAUAUAUACAAACAAUACCAAAAAUAGCCUCUACCGCACAGAUCCACUCUACAUCACAGAUAGCCCCAUCACACAUACACAUAAAUAGUACAAUCAAUCAACCACAUUCACUAACUUAACAUCACAGACAGCACACACACAUACCUAAACACAACAGACAGCCCACAUAUACUCACAGAAUACCACAAACAGUCCACACACACAUAACAACACAGACAGCCCAGCAUACAUAAAUACCACAAACAUCACACACACAGACACAAACACACACACAUAACAACAGCCAGCCCAUAAUUACACACAAUAUAGCAAACACCUUACACACACAAGCCCACAAACAUUUCACACACACAUACAAUGCCUUAAACCCCUCCACACACACACAAUACCACCAAUUACACUCACAUAACACCGCAGACAUUCCGCAUACAUUCAUACAGUCCACACACAUAGACAACACCACACAACCCACAUAUACACACACAAUACAAAGCAGCCAUCACCCCCCCACAUAACACAUGCAGAAUUCUCCAACAUACGUAGAUGUUACCUUACAAUUAGGGCCAGCGCCAUAAUAAAAUUUUACAUUUUACCCUUGUUCUAGACCUUUGGUGAUUUCCUUUUAUGAAUUUCUAUUUUUAUCUAGAAAAUCAUUUUCUUUAAAUAAUGUUUAUGUUUAUUUACUCAAACUUAUACCAGCUCUCAUUUAUCAAAUAUCUCUAUUUUUUUGCAUCCAAAUUACAAAUAAUUUUCUUUUCACUUUUAAUGCAUAACAAGGUUAUUCACUAAAGUGUGAAUAUCUAGGAAUUCAAAAUGAAUCUCAGGUCAAAAUAACUGAAUUGGAAACAUAGUUGUCUUGAAGAAUUCUUCCACUUCUGCUUUUGUGGCCUUACAUUUGAAAUUCACUUUGAAUUUGCUCUGAAUUUCAACAGUUCACCCUUCAGUGAAUAACCCUGUAAGUGUUUAUUUGCUAGACAAAAACUGUAGUGAAUCGGAAACUGUUUAUGUAAAAUUUGGGCACAAAAAUGCAGUUUUUAAAAAAAAGUUAUCACAAUAUAUCAUAACAUUAACAUAACAUUAGUCAAAUAGAGGCACCUUUACAAUAUCCCAUACUUUUGAAAACAUUACCUUGAGUCUAUUGCCCUUACUAAGUUUAUAGUGUAAUAAAAUAUUUUACAACAAUGUUUACAGGGUAUAAAAGUGUAAUAUAAUUGCUAACACAACACAGCUGACAUAUUUAGCGUAUCAGUUUCCUAACAGUAAAUAAAAAAGCAACGUGUGCAUUGUGGAAACUUUAACCUGGGACAAGUGAAAAAGAAUGCUGUGUUCAUGCGCACACUUUCUGUAGGGAUGGUUCUUCUCACAUUGCACAAAUAAUGUACAGGUUUGACUGCUGGUGCCAUGAGGUGUAACUAGAUAUAUCCUCCAAACUGUGAGAGAGAAUUCACAGAAAUGGUCUUGGUGUCCCAGAUUCUAGGAAGUGUUAUAAUGCGGCUAAUGCAGAUUCUGCUUUUAAAUUUAACAUGGAUCAUAACAGGUCGAGGUGGCUAGAAAUGGAAGCAGAAAAGAUUCAUCCAUAUUCUAAUAAAGAACUGUUAUGGCUGCCUUUAAAUAGACACCCUAAGGCUAAACACAUGUUUCCUUCAACCAAGAUUACUCUUUUUAGUAGUGUUAGACCAUCCUCCAGUUUAUCAUGAGCAAUGCCACUAUCAAUUCUAAAUUAUUACUUACCCCUCUGGAUCUAACUUUUUGGCACUCCCAUUCUAUGUAUAAUUUGGAUAAUUUCUUAUCAGGAAAUUCCCUUUUAACAUUUGAUCAAUUUAAAGAAAAAUUAGAUUUGGACGAUUCUAUAUUACCAAAAUAUACUCUAAUAACAGACAAAUUGAAAGAAAAUGUUGAAAUAUUAGAAUUGGGUAUAGGAGAUAAAUUAUUAAAAAUGUAAAAUUUUGAAAAAAAUAGAUCUCAAUCCAAAUCGUAAAGGCAUAAUCUCAUUUUGCUAUUCCCAUAUUUCUCCAAGGCCCACAUCUAAAUGAUCUUUUAUGGAAUCAUGGGAAAGAGAUUUGGGAGUUCAAUAUGAACUGGAGGAUUGGAUAAGUUUUAUUCUCGCCUUGAGAGGUAUCACGCAGUGUGCUGGUCAUCAUAAGAAUCAUUUAAAAAUUCUCCAUCGUUGGUACCUGGUUCCAUCACGCCGUCACAAAAUAAAUCCUAAAGUCUCAGACAGAUGUUGGAGGGAGUGUGAUGAGAUAGGUACCAUGUCACAAAUUUGGUGGUAUUGCCCUAAAUUCGCUAGAUUCUGGAGUGAUAUUCAUAAACUUAUUAAGACUGUUGACCCAAAUAUUACCAUUUUUACAUCGGAACUUGGGCUCUUUAAAAAUUUUCCAGAUUCUGUUAAUAAAGUAGACAGAGUUAUCGUAGGACAUAUUCUUAUAGCCGCCAAAUCCUACUUACCCAGAUAUUGGAAAUCCCCUGCUAUACCCUGUAUAGUUGAUGUACUAAAGCAGGCCAGUCCAACCUGCGGCCCCUCUGAUGUUGCCGAACUACAACUCCCAUGAUUCUUUCAAUGAAACAGAUAGCCAGGAAAUCAUGGGAGUUGUAGUUCAGCAACAUCUGGGGAGCCGCAUGUUGGACAGCCCUAUACUAAAGUUAGUAUUAGAAAACAAAUCGUAUGAGAUGACUAUUAGACAGCCAUCUUUAUUAUGGGAUCAGCUUCAUUAUUUCUGGACUGAGUGGGAAAAUAAGGUCAAGAAAGAUAUUCAAACUGUAAAUUAUUAUUAGUACAAACUUCUUUUAUUCGUUUUACAUAUAUAAUAUAUAAUAUAUAUAAUUAUUUUAUUAUCAUCAAUAAAUCUUGACAUAUUAAUAUUGCACAAAAAUAUUGUAAAUUCGGAUGGAUCCUUCCCCAAGUUUCCCCUUCCCAAUUUGUUAUUAUUGUUCAUUUAUUUAUUGUCAUUUUUAAUUUAUUAUAAUAUUAAAUACCUAAUAAAAACUAUUUGAAAAGAAUUCACAGAAAUGUUUGCAAGCCUAAUUAAUGAGAGCUCUGUUUCUGUAACUCGACUGACAGCAAUGUCUCAACUCACCACUUGCAGACACCUCCACAAGACAUCAUUAACUCAUCAUACUCUGUCAGUCUGGUCAGCACCAGAUACUGCAGUGCAAUGGUGACUUUAGACUUUGUGAGGCCCUAGGUGCAACUAAAACAUUAGGCCCCCACUAACACCCAAACUGAAAAAAAAUAGGGCAUGUCUUGUGUGUGUAUAAGGAGCUGUAGCUAUAUUGAAAGGUGGGCUUACAGCACUGGAUACCGAAGCUAGUCUCUGUAUUCAUCGUUCAGAGGCUUGCAGUGUCGCGUCUCUCUGUGCCACUGUGUUGUAAGCUCUCUGACUGUAGUUAUGGCAUAAUUUGCAAACUAAAUUAAUUUGCAAUAAACAAAUUUAAUUAGCAAUUAUAAUAAUCGUUUAUCCAAGAUUGCAGUGUAUGGUUACUAGAUUGGCAGUCGUGUAUACAUAAGCACCGAUGUGAAGCGGUUAUUGCAAUCAAAAAAUUGCAGAGUUGCAGAUAAGAAAACAGUGUCUUAGACAUUUCCCCCACAUAUUCUUUAAUGCGUUCACAUAUGCAUUAUCCUAUAUAAUUUACAUGUGUUGCCCCAUGUAUUGUGUAUGUAUGUAUAUUAUAUAUAUGUUUCCACUUUACCUUUGCAUUGCCCAUACCAUACCACCCUCAUAUUGCAGCCAUAGACACAAAUAAACUAAUACAUGCACACAUAUACACACUCUGAUAGAUGGACAUGCAUACACACACAUACACACUGAUGCACAGAGACACACACAUUGACAAAUACAAACACUCAGUCACAAUGUGUAUAUGGUUGUGUGCAAGUCUGAGUGUGUCUGGCAUAUUCUACCCGUGUAUGCACCUGAAAGUGUGCAUCUAAUAGAGAGUAUCCUUGUGUGUGAAUGUAUGGCUUUGUGAGUAUGUGUUUGGGACCAUACAUGUGUGGAGUAGCUGCUUGCAGUGUGUUGUAUGUAUGGGGACUGUCUGUGGCCUUUGUGCUUGUGUUAUGGCAAAGCUAUGUUUCAUGACUUGUGUAUGAUGAAUGUCUUUAGCUGGUGACUGUCAGGGCUAGGGCACCAAUAAGGUGGCACAGGUGGCCGCCUUAGAGCGCCAGGGCAGGAGGGUGCAAAAAUCUAAAUCUCCUGCCUCUGGCUGGGCACUCGAAUUUUUCACAUCACCUCACUCUCCCUGCAGCCAGUAAAGUCACCAACCUAACUUACAUUGCUGUUCUCCCAGACUGCCCAGUGGACUUAACCUGCAGGCUCCUGCUCCUGUCCCACUCAAUCACCAAGUUUAUGGUUUCCCCCCUCUCUGGCCCAAGGUAAGCCUCAGGGAGACUUUAGUUGUAGUUUUUUUCUAUAAAAAAAAAUUCUCGCACUGGACCUGGUGACUGUGACAGAAUGAGUAAAGGGGUAACUGUGGCAGGGUGAGUGUGACAGGGCAAUGGGGGUGAUUGAGACAGUGUUGGUGGGUGAGUGUGACAGAAUGAGGGAGGAUAAGAAUAAUAGGGGGUGAUUGUGACAUGGUUGAAGGAAGGAGUAUGCCAGGGUGAGUGCGACAUUAUCAGGGAAGUGAGUAUCACAGGCAUGUAACAGGGUGAGGGGCAGUAAGGGUGACAGGAUUGGUGGAGUAUAAUGUGACGGGACGAGUGUGGCUGAGUGUGACAGGAUUAGAGGCAUUAAUGUGACAGGUUGAGUGUGGCAACUAUAAAAGAGAGGAUUCUAGGGGUUUAUGUAAUAGGACGAGUGUGACAGUGCAAGAGAUUAGGGGGGGUUUAUGUGGCAAAUUCUCCCACUGUGUGGUGUCCAGAUUUUGCUGAGCAGGAUUUAAACAAGCCAGAAUUCAGACAGCUGCAAACUGGACCCAGAUUGUUAAAAUCCAGGCAUAGAUUAUAACAAUCCAAACUAUUGACCUAUAGAAGCUCUAUCCGCCUAUGAGUGAACAGCGAAUAAAUCCUCUGCAAUGUUAUGGAAAAUAAUCAGAAGGGUGAUAGAGCGUAAUCUGUCAUAAUAACAAAGUUUGAUUAUCUGACAAAAAAAGCCUUUUUUAGUUUUAAAAUAGCUAAAUUACUAAAACAAGACUACAUAGAGCACCUAUUUUGCAAUAGGCAAGUAAAGUGAUUUAAAAACAGCUUGAUUCAUUAUCCUGCAGGAUGUCAAUGACAUACAUGUGAACAGUGAGACUGAGGGUUAUUAUACUAUUUCUACAAUAUAUUAUUGUCAUUUUUUUCAGGUAGAAGAGACUCUGUUCAGUGCUUCUCCUGUGGAGGUUGUCUGUGUCACUGGGAAGAAAAUGAUGAUCCAUGGAGAGAACAUGCCAAGUGGUUUCCUUGGUAAUCAACUUUUAUUCUAUAUUACAAAACCACCUUUCCUUGCUUAGUUACAUAGUUACAUUAUAAUAGAGGUUCAAAUAAAUCUAUUUCCUUCCAAUGUUCAUCUGUCCCCUACUUUUCCCACUUGACCACCCUCAAAAUAUGACAGUUCUGGAAACAUAUCUUAAAAUCAGGUACCGCCAGACCAACACUGACUUUGUCAGAGUCAGUUGGAGAAAUGUUCUCCUUCUUCCAGAUGUAGCUAACUAAGUCCUCAGUCACUAUACAGCUGAGACCUGAGACACUCUUGCUAAUUGUAAUGUUUCAAACUGCAGGACUGGGGCUGUGACUCUGAAGACUGUUCUCUUCUGAUUUCAUUCUGUUUUAAUCUAUAAUGAUUGUUGCUUCUUGUCAACCUACUACGCUCCAAGGCCACCAUCAGGGCAUGACAACCAUACCUUAUAAUCUGCAUCCACUAUACACAGUGAAUUACGCACACAUUCUACAUCCACUAAACACACACUACAUUCAGUAUACACACUGCUGCCCUGUGGGUGGACUUGUGAACUGUGUCAGGGUCCCCAAAAUUUCUGAUGGCAACCCUGCUCAGCUCUGUGUAUUUUAUAGAUAUAUUUAUGUUGUGCCCAUCUCUCUGUAUUGUAUAUGUGUGCUGUAUAGGGAGGAGUAAAAUUCUGGGGGUGGAAUCUGUUGCCCCACGAUCUUAAAACUUCAUCAGCCUCCACUGCUUGUGUAAUAAGACAGUGUUUGUAUUUAUGUUAGCACAUAAAUGGUAACCUUAUAUUAUAAAAAUACUUUACGUAAUCAACCUCUCCAUUAAAAAAAAAUAUUAAUAAGAAAAAUGCAUUUCCUCUUUAUAGAUCAGUUAUGGAAACUUACCUUGAGUUUAAAGAGUAUGGAAAAUAUGGGUACUUUUCACAAAGGAAGCUAUCUAGAUAGAUGUGUGGACAAUGGGCAAUAAGUCAUCUAUUUGGUCUUGAAGAAAUUAGUUUUUACCUACAGCAGGGAAACAGUUAUUUACAGUAAGAGCAAAAUACACAACAUUCUCCCCCAGAAGAGGUUAUUUUGACAAAUGUGCCGUUAAAAUAGGUCUGUGUGGUUUCUUAAGAAUACAUGGUAUUCAGGGCUAUAGUAGGUAAUAUGUUACUCAAACCAUUCCUGAGCAUUUUCUUUGUAGCUGGGCACAUCAUCCUGCUGAAAGAGGCCACUGCCAUCAGGGAACACCAUUGCCAUGAGGGGUGUAUGUGGUCUGUAACAAUCUCUGGUUAGGUGAUGCAAGUAACAUCCACAUGAAUGCCAGGACCCAAGGUUUCCCAGCAGAACAUUGCCCAGAGCAUAAAACUAUUUCACCGACCUACCUUCUUCCCAUACUGCACCUGCUGCAAUCUGUUCCCCAGGUAAACAAUGGACAUGCACCUGGCCAUCCACCUGAUCUAAAAGAAAAUGUUAUUCAUCAGAUCAGGCAACCUUCUUCCAUUGCUCUACGAUCCAGUUCUGACGCUUCCGUCCCCAUUGAAAGUGCUUUCAGCGGUAGACAGGGGUUAUCAUGGGCACACUGAUGGUCUUCGGCUAUGCAGUCCCAUACGGAGAAAACUAUAUUAUUGUCAGGAUUUCAGAAUGAUCCAGCACAUAGAAUUGUGUAACACAGAGGACUGAUAGGUAACGUAUACCGGACCUUAGAAUGGCCGGACUAACGUACCAAAGAAUAGUCAGGAAUAGCCGAGGUCAAGGGAUACAGAAAGAGACACAACGAUAAGGAAAAGCCAGGAGUCAGGGAUGCCAGAACACAGGGAAGUCAAAAACAACGACAAAGUUAAAUAACCAGAAUCAAUAACGCGCUCUCGGACAACCACAAGGGAAACCACGACAGGGCACUGAGCAGGAUGAGAACUGGGCCUAUAUACCCCUCCUCUAGAUCUGAUAGGCUGUAACCAGCCUUUGACCCCAAAGGCAGUUACCAGGUUCCCAUUUGCAUAAUUGCUGCUCAGCAUUAACCCUUCAGUGGAUUUGGUUGCUGCUCGGCACAACUUUUCCUGUGUGGACAGUAAAUGCCAUUUCUAUCAUGGCCAGCAUUAAGUUUUUUUUAGCAAUUUGAGCUUCAGUAGCUCUUAUGUGUGAUCGGACCAGAUGGGCUAUUCUUUGCUCUCCACACGCAUCAAAGAUCUUUGGGCACCCAUGACCCUGGUUGACAGGUUGUUCUUCCUAGCACCACCUUUGGAAGGUAAUAACCACUGCAUACCAGAAGCACCCCACAAGACUUACUGUUUUGGAAAUACUUUGACCCAGUUAUCUAGCCAUCACUAUUUGGCCAUUGUCACUCAGAUCUUUUCAAUCACCCAUUUUUUUCUGUUUUCUACACAUAAAAUUCAAGAACCGACUGUUCUCUUGCUGCCUAAUAUAUCCCCCCCUUGACAGGUGUCAUUGCAAUGAUAUAAUCAAUGUGAUUCGCUCUACCUGUCAGUGGUUUUAAUGUUGUGGCUGAUCGGUGUAUAUAGCACCAACAUAUUCCACAGCACCUUAGAUUUGUAGAAACUGAAAAUUUAGAGGUGAAGAAGGCCCUGCUCAAAUGAACUUACUUCUGAGGUGUGAAAAAUAACAUUUACUGUUAAAGUUCACAUUUCUUUCUUCAUACUGCACCUGGGCACCUCCAUAUUACCUUCCGGUCAAUCAUUGUUACAAGUUCUGUCUGUGGUGGACCCUGUCCAAUCUCAUUCGGUUGCCCGUAUCUCCUGUUGAUUUUCCUGAAUGUACCCUCGUUUUACCCUUUUAUUCUACUGAACAUCAACCACCCCCUGGCUCAUUAUCUUCAAAAGAACCAAUUAACUCAAGUGCUCUCUCUGGGUGGCUGCCAUUUGUAUGACUGAACAUACAGUGCUUUAUGGAAUGGCUGCUAGUUUGUCACCCAAACUAGGGUGUCCACACAGGCAGCAGUACCUGGUCGUCGAGCGCCUGGAACUAAUUUCGGAUACCAUAGCUCGCAACCCCCAGAGAAACUGUACUGCUGCCUGCUCCGCUCACAGACAAGCCAGGAGAUCACUUUUCGGAGAAAAGACUUGUUAGUCUGAGGGGAGCAUUCGCACCUUAAGAGCUAGGGGAGCAUUCGUUUGUGUGCAUACAGGAACUCCCGGAAGUUGACCGGCUGCUGCCUCUUUCUCUCUGGAACUAUUUUGGACUACCAAGUCGUGGCUGGCCGGUCAGAACUUUACCCGACUGGUGAUUCUGUUACACCAAAUUGGAUCUGAGCACUUUUUGCACAAAUUCUGUGUUCAGAUCUGGGUUAUUCGGGGAUAUAAGACAUGUUGUGUUCCUGUACAGUUGGAAUGUAGUUUGGGGGUGUUUUUUUGUAUUUUAUGUAUGGUUCUCUGUAACUGAGAGAUAAUUGAGUUACUGGUCUUUGACACAAUUAUCUCCCAGACACAGGGAUGCCUCUGAGGGGUUUGUGUUAUUUUGUAUGGAGCAGCUUUUUGUUCUGGCUCAAGAGGACUUCAGCUGAGACUUCAGCUCCACUACACUGUCAUUUGCACUUGCAGUCAGUAUUAAGAAUACAUACAAAAAAGAAGAACCCUCUAUCUGCCUUGUACUUGAACUGGAUUAGGUUGUAAUUAGCUAAUUAUCUCUUAUAAAUGUAAACAGCAAUAAAAUGGUGCAGGUCAUGAAAAAAACAUUAACACAGGUUAUAGGUGAUUUUCAAUAUUUUAUUCAAUGAUGUAAAUUCCAGAGAAGUGACAGAUCCAUUUUAAUGCUUGCUUAUAUUAUAUUGAGAAUCCAACCUAAAUAUUUAAAGAGAUUCAGAGGACAAAUUGUAGAUGUGAGCGUGCAAAUUAAAUUUAAUCAGUUUGUUCAUCCUUUUCCUAACUAAAGUCAGCCAUUAUUUUUGUUUCCAUGUCAUGCAGGAUUCCACAUCUAGACAUUACUGCCCUCUACUGGAAUUUUAUUUAAUGAAAGGUUGAUGUUCUUUUUAACUUCAGUGCUCAUUGAGCAAUAUUCAUCAUCAAAAUAAUGAUUUCCUCAUGAACAGACAGAGGAAUUCCCCUAGGUUCAUCAAACUAAAUAUUAUUUUCUGCUGAAUGUAGAUCGGAAUGGGUCAUUUCUACUGCGGUAAAGACAAAUAAUGACAAUUCUAGAAACGUGGUAUUGAAGUCCUUAAAGAUCAAGUACAUAUCAGAUAUUCUAGCUUUAUGAAAAAAAAAAUUAAAAGUGACAUUGCUGAUUUAAGGGGUUAAAGGAACACUAUAGUCACCUAAAAACUUUAGCUAAAUAAAGCAGUUUUAGUGUAUAGACCAUUCCCCUGCAAUUUCACUGCUCAAUUCACUGUCAUUUAGGAGUUAAAUCACUUUGUUUCUGUUUAUGCAGCCCUAGCCACACCUCCUCCAGCUAUGAUUGACAGAGAUUGCAUGAAAAAGAAACUGGUUUCACUUUCAAACAGAAUUAAUUUACCUUAAAUAAUUGUAUCUCAAUCUCUAAAUUGAACUUUAAUCACAUACAGGAGGCUCUUGCAGGGUCCAGCAAGCUAUUAACAUAGCAGGGGAUAAGAAAAUCUUAAUUAAACAGAACUUGCAAUAAAGAAAGCCUAAAUAGGGCUCCCUUUACAGGAAGUGUUUAUGGAAGGCUGUGCAAGUCACAUGCAGGGAGGUGUGACUAGGGUUCAUAAACAAAGGGAUUUAACUCCUAAAUGGCAGAGGAUUGAGCAGUGAGGCUGCAGGGGCAUGUUCUAUACACCAAAACUGCUUCAUUAAGCUAAAGUUCUUCAGGUGACUAUAGUGUCCCUUUAACAGUUUUGAGUAAAUGAGGCAGGUCAACAGUUGAAAUACAUUCAUAAAAUAAGUGAACCUUCAUUGCAAGGUAUUCUCCUAGCAUCAAACCAUAUACCUUGCUGUUUAUAUUUUGUUUUAUAAUGACCUGCAAAUAGGCAGCUAGAAUGAUCAGAACUGGAAACAACUAUUAGUGCACAGCCUACAGCAUUUUCCUCCCAUUUGUUACAUGGUAAUGAACCAAUAUUGAAUAACUAUGGUCCUGUAGCAGAAUUACUAAAGAAAACUUCCAAACUAAUUCAAAUUGAAUUUCAAAUUUAAAGCCAGAGUAGCCAAAACAAAAGUAUAGGAAAAAACAAAAGAAGAAAAUCAGCUCUAAAUUGCCACACAAGAUAUAAAUAAGAAGGCUGCACUCCUCAAAGGGGAGUCCCCAAUAAUCCCCUAAUAGUAACAAGGAAUACAAAGCAAAGAAUAAAAUAAGGGUGCGCCUAAAAUAUAUAAAUGUAUAAUAUUAACAAUAUAUGAAUAAAAGUAUAAUAAAAUAUUAGAAUAAAAUAGGUGAUUGGCAAUAGUCCAAAAAACUUUUCACAGUCCGUAAUGAUAGGUCCCACGUGUAAAAAGGAAAUUCUUAGGAUGUUACAUGGGAUCAAGUCUUCACGAUUAUAUGCUUGAAGUUCGAUAGAGCAUAUGUAGAGAGAAAAAAUAAAACAGGACUCCAAUGGCACAGUAUAUAGGUAAGUAAAAUAUAUAAUAAUAAAAUAAGUCUUACUCACACUUUUCAGAGCUAAAAUCCAGCUCUGAUAUUGCGCACGUAGAGUGGAAUAAUCCCCACUCAAGGAUAUACGAGUAAGGUUUGAUAGAUGAAUAUCUGGCCAAUUUGGACGUUGAACCUACGCCAGAUAUUCAUCUAUCAAACCUUACUCCGUAUAUCCUUGAGUGGGGAUUAUUCCACUCUACGUGCGCAAUAUCAGAGCUGGAUUUUAGCUCUGAAAAGUGUGAGUAAGACUUAUUUUAUUAUUAUAUAUUUUACUUACCUAUAUAUAUUAGGAAACAAAACAAGAUGUUCUUUACAGUAAAAGCAAUACAGCUGUGGAAUUCUCUGCUUCUGGAGGUUGUUUUAUCAAAUUUCUGUGCAGAUAUUUGCUUUUUCCCCUGCUUUUUUUUUCAAAAACAGUUAUAGGUAAAGAAUAGUUAAUAUUUGGAGUAAAAGCUUUUUGUCCAAAGAGAAAUCCGACAGCCAAUUUGGAGUCAAAAAGGAAUUUUCCAUUUUGGGGCAAAUGUGGAAUGGCUUCAAAUAGGGUUCUUUGCCUUAUCUUUGAUGGACUUGAGCCCCAAUUGAGGGAACUUGACAAUAGCCAUGUAUAGCAAAACCUAAAUAAGCAAUAAACAAGUUUCAUACAUAUUCCAUAUAUUACAAUAAAAAGAAGAUGCAGCUGUGGAUCUACAAAGAAAACAAUAAUAUAGUAUAAUUCAGUACAGCACAUAAAAAUGGCCCAGCAAGAAGUACACUCACUAUAAGGUAGAUGGUUAUGUAACCUUAGGGUGUCUCCCUUUAGAAUUAUGGGGGGCUUGUACACGUCUUCACUACUCCUGGCAGCAAUCACUACACACCAAGGAAAGCAGGACUCCAGAGGUUUCACAACAUAGGCUGGUAUUUAUUUUAAAAAUAAAAAUAACCAAUAGAAAAAUAAAAAUCAUAUAAGGCAAAUAAUGAAUAAAAGUGGGCGGCCCUACACGCUUUGUCCCCAAGUGGGACUUCUUCAUGGACCCAAAAAGUGAAACAGCAUAAAGUCAAAUAAAAUACAAUAUCAACAAUUUUUCAAAGGAAAUAAGCAGAAUAAAUCUCUCCCCCUGUGUCCAUAGUGCUAGUCUAAUUCAGCUCUAUCUGAUCUUCUUUGCUGAUUUCCUGGGUUCUGCGAACUGUCCGGUGGUUCCGCGGUGUCACUGCCAGAGCUUGGGUUCUGACCGGUACUCCAAGAUGCGUUACACGCUGCGGCCAUUUGCGUUCCACCUCCGGUCUGCACUUGUUCUCCAUGUUCUUGCCACAGUAUGGAAAGAAACUGGGGAAAAAAACAAAGGGAACCCAAAAGGCUCAAAAGAGUAUAAACACCUAAAGCAAAAACAUAUAUCUCGUCCAUUUACAACACCAUUAUCACAAACGCUUGCCAAAGUUAGUGUUAAUUUUUUUUUUUACACAAAAACUGCACUUUUACUGGUGAUAUCAUCGUCGUGAUAAGUUUAACAGUUUUAAAGCACUCAUUAUUAUGUUCAGCUAAGUCUCCCGAGUAUAAGAAAAACCCCAAUGUACAGGUUUUAUGGUGUUUUGGAAAGUUACAGGGUCAAUAUAAGGCUUGCCCAUUUCAGUUUGCCAGAUUAGCUUGCUGGGUCUAUGUUGUCUUUUGAGACCACAUGGUAGCCCAGGAAUGGGAAUAAACUCCAUCAUGGCAUACUAUUUGCAAAUGUAAACAACCCAGGGUAUUCAGAAUGGGCUAUGUUCAGUCUUUUGUAGUAGCUACUAGUCUCCUGAGUUUAAUAAUACCCCCCAUGUACAGGUUUUGUAGUGUUGUAAAAAGUUACAGGGUUAAAUAUAGGCCUUGCCAAUUAAAUUCUCUGGACCUUCUGCCUGGGUUUUCAGGCAGGUUCCUCAAAUUAUAAUUAAUAAAAUAAUUAUGUAAAAUUAAUAGUUAAAUAUAUAUGUAGAAUUCAUAUAUAUGUAGAAUAUAAAUAUAAAGAAUAUAAAUAUAAAAUGUUUUUAAAAAAAAAAUGUUUUAUUUAUUUUACAAAUUAAAAUAGCCAAUAUAAAAAUAAACAUUAUGUAAGACAAAUAAUGAAUAAAAGUGGACGGCCAUAUGCGUUUCGAACCCAUGUGGGACUUCUUCAGGGGUCCAAACAGUGAAAUAGCACAAAAUCUAAUAAAAUACAAUACCAACAAUCUCCCAAAGGAAAAAAGCAAAACAAAUCCCUCCCACAUUUCCAUGAUUAUAUAAGGCUAGUUCUGGGCUCCCAUUCGUGGUCCAUUGGGUGGCAUCCUUCAGGUUCAACUGUAUCUGAUCUUGUUUGCUGAUUUGAUGAGUUCUGUGAACUGGCCUGUGUUGCCACAAUGUUACUUCCGAUGCGCUGCUUCUGGAUGGAAUUCCAUGAUGAUGUAUGUGUUCCACGCAGCCGCCAUUUGCGUUCCUCCUCUGGUCUGCACCUGGACGCCGCGUUCUUGCCACAGUAUGCAAAGAAACUGGGUAAAAAAACAAAGGAAGCCCAGAAGGCUCUAAAGAGUAUAAACACCGAAAGCAAAAACAUAUAUCUUGUCUAUUUACAACACCAUCAUAUAUUUUAAAUGCAUGAAUAACACAUAAUAUGAGAUUUGUAAACCAAAGCCAAACAUUCAAUCUAUAGUAUUUGGGUGAUAUAAUUAAAAUACAUUUCUUUUACUUAUAUCAAUGAAGAUUUUUAUAUGUUCAAUUACAUGAUUAUUAUAUAAAGUGAUUAUAAACUUAAAUUAAUAAAGUGCUUAAACAUGUGAUUUGUGCUAAUAUUUAUUUUAUUAGAAUCCUCAUAGAAAUACAAUCUAAAUUUAAUAACGUGACCUAUGAUUACUAUAAGCAGAUUUUUUUUAGUUUUUUUAAAUAAGUCAUUAUAUUUCCAAAUUAAAAUACAUAUAUUUUAAAAUUAAUAUAUAAAUGGUGCUUUAGUAGAAGGGGGACUGGAAUUUAUUAGAACGGGGUGCUAUGGUUUAGUAGAGGGGGAUUCUGUAUUUUUUUUUAUAUACUGUACUUUUCAAGAUAAACCUAUGUUUCUAUGAAAAUGUAUUAAAAAAAAAAAUUCGGCCCACAUAAACUUAAACCUUGUUUAUUUGGCCCGGGUUUGAGUUUGAGUUUGACAUGCUUGUUCUAGUGGGUGUAUUUCUGGAUGGGCCAUUUUUAUGUGCUGUACUGAAUUACACUAUAUUAGUGUCUUCUUUGUAUACCCACAGCUGCAUCCUUUUUUUAUAGUGUAUUGGUUUUCUGUGUUUGGGGGGAUACUACCUGGGAUAUCCCCAGAGGAUUCUUAUAAGAUAAGGAUUUUUUACCACCUUGUACACUUGGUGGUGUACAAGGGUGUGGGAAUAGAGAUGUCGCGAACCGUCCACGAACUUCUCGUGAACGGUUCGCCACGGUUUGCGGCGAACUCCGGUCAGCUGACACAUCCCGGCCAAUCUCCAGCAGACCCUCCCUCCCUCCCAGACCCUCCUACUUCCUGGACAGCAUCCAUGUUGAAGCUGCCUUCAACAUGGAUGCUGUCCAGGAAGUAGGAGGGUCUGGGAGGGAGGGUCUGCUGGAGAUUGGCCGGGAUGUGUCAGCUGACCGGAGUUCGCCGCGAACCGUGGCGAACCGCGGCGAACCAUUCGCGAGAAGUUCGCGGACGGUUCGCGACAUCUCUAUGUGGGAAUUGUUUUAAUAUAUGUAAUUGUUAUUGGCAAUAUCAAAUAUUGCAGGGUUUUUAGAAUAAAAUUGUAUGUGUACUUUUCCUUUAAGAGACUUUGCAAAUUGAUGAGUUGUUUGAAAUGAAAAAUAUUGUUUUUCAUUCAAUGUUCCUUUACUUAUCAAACUGAUGUCUUACCCCGAUGUUUAAACUUUAACGUUUUGUCUUAGGUUAACGUGCACCAUGUCCCGUUAUAUUUUUUUGAAGUUGCAAGCAGAUACUUUAAUCUUGUAAACUUUGCUGUAAAUUGUUAUAAUGGAUUACUCAGUUUUGUCUGUAGUUAUAUUUUUAUUUAAUAAAAUAUUUUAAUCGACAAAACUUUAUUGCUUCCAAGACAAUCCCUAUUUUGUAUUGAAUUCUCAAUUAUUUAUAUAUUUUCAAUAGAGGCACUCUUACUAACUAUAUAGAAUUAUAGCUAAGAUAUCUGUAAGGUUGGCUACAUUCUAUGCUUUGAGACUUUAUAAUGGUAAAUGGGGGAACCUGCUGCGGUAACACCACAGAUUGCAUCAAAAUUGUUAUGUUAGUCUGUUAAUUAGGGUAUUCUGCCCAGUCAUUUGUGCUAUUUUGAUAUUUUUAGGUGUAACUUCCUUCAAAGUAAGCUAACACCAGCUGAAGUCAGGAACUACAUUAAAUCUUACGUUGGAUUUGCUGGAUAUACGGUAGGUGGAUUCUAUUUUUAAUUAGAUUACACUAGUAGCCAUUAUAACCAGUAUUGGAAUUGUUAGAGAAGCUUUGCAAAAUGCAUGAUAGGUAAAUAGUCGCCAUAUGGGCAGGAGGAAUCAGGACAAAACCCCCCACAUACCUAACCCAAUAAAAAACAUGGACACUAAAGUAUAUGGGUCAAAUUGUCCACAGCUUUUAUUAAAUAGAAUAGUAAAUUAACAUAGAAAAAAGGUCAUUGCCCCACACCCUGCCAUCACAUCCGUAUCCUUCAUUUAGGUAUAAAAAGGCAAUGACCCAUAUAUAAAUAAAUAACAUAACAGUGUUCCAACAUGAACAUAACUUAAAGUGCCAACAUUUGUUGGUGACUGUAGUGUCCCUUUAAUGGAUGCAUUGGCUAGAUACACCAAGCUACAGUUUAUGUACAGCAUGUGUAAAUAGCAGCUAUGUUCUGAAUGGUAUCAGUUAUCAAACUAGCUCCACUCAUCCUAAGUGAUAAAUGGAAUCGUGCUGCUGUGGUUAAACUGUUCAUCCCAUAAAUCCAUGCUAGAAAAGGUUUAUAGGAUAGGAACAGACCUGUAUAAAACAGAAAGAGAAAUUUGUGUAGCCUUUUCUUGGUGACGAUUGAUCCUGUCUGUUACUGAUACUUACUGUGCAAGUACAAUAGCAGUAUGGUCUUUACAAGAUAACUAUUUUUUUUUGUUUUAGGUUUGUUGCAUCAUUUAUGUAAUAUAGUAAUGCAUGGCAUUUAAUCUGUUCUAUAUAGUUCUAGUGCGUCAGUGUUCAAUGUUUAAGCUAUAAAGAGUUAUUAUAUAUCAAUGAUUAAAAAUACUUUUAAUUGAAGUCCUUAAAAAGGCAAAUAUGCUAAAGGGAGAGAAAUAGACACAAAAAGGGGGUAAGAUACACAAAAGGGGUUUUAAAGACACACACAGGCCAACACAGGCGAAUAAAAUUAUAGUGCUGGAAAGUUAGCGAAGCUGAAGAGUUUUUCAGUUGAACUAUUUUGUUCUAUAAUUUACAAUUCCAUUUUUCAUAGACUAAGGUUGGAAAAGAGUUUAUUUAUUUAUUUUGGUCUUUUGCCUCCUCCCCCCCGCUCCCCAUGCUAUGUUAUGUUCAAUAAUCUUUCAAAUUUUCAUGUUUGGCAUCUCGUAUCUGGAUAUUGUUUCUGCUGUGUACUAAGGACUGUAGCUUCCUAGCUAGGCGUCUCCUGUGUAGAAUCAGCAAAACAUUACAUUUUAUCAAAAGGUUUUUUGUUUUUUUCUAUAAAUGUCUUUUGAUCCAGUGUGGAGUUUAAGUACACCAUUUUUAAAUUCCUGGCUCCAAUUUAGCUUUUUAUUUUUUAAGCAAGUAAUCCUACAAAGCAUUCCAAUUUGGGGGAUGGGGAACAGUGGCGUACACAUGACCCAUGGGGCCCCGGUGCAAAAAUUGAUCCGAGGCCCCCCCCCCGCCCGCUUACUCGGCGCGGGUCGGGGCCGCAACACACGGCGGCGGGCACCUGGUCGCAGGGCUGCGACCCCGCAAAUGCGUUAUACUUCACACACACCUAAAGGACCACUACAGACACCCAGAUCACAUCAGCUCAAUGAAGUGGUCUGGGAGCCAGGUCCCUCUAGUUUUAACCCUGCAGCUCAAAACAUAGCUGUUUAAGAGAAACGACUAUGUUUCACUGAGAGUUAAUCCAGCCUCUGGUGGCUGUCUCUUUGACAGCCGCUAGAGGAGAUUCCGCGAUUCUCACUGUGAAAAUCACAGUGAGAAGACACUGAACGUCCAUAGGAAAGCAUUGAGUAAUGCUUUCCUAUGGGCGCUUUAAAUGCGCGAGCGCGCCUCUUGCCGCGCAUGUGCAUUCGGAGCUGAGAGGCGGCGGGAUCCCCAGCGCCUAGGAAGUUCGGCGCUGGAGAAAGGUAAAUGCUGAAGACACACACUCUCACGAACAGACGCAUACACACUAGCUAACAGACACACACAUUUACUAACAGAGACACACUCAGCGACAGACAUACAUACACACUCACUUACAAAACAUACACUUUCACUGACAAACACACACUCACUAACAGACAUCAGACACACUCAGUAACAGACACACCCAAUAACAGACACACCCAAUAACAGACACACCCAAUAACAGACACACUAAAACUUACACACACACACACACACACACACACUAACACUAAUACACACACUAACACUAAUACACACACACACUAACACACACACACACACACUAACACACACACACACAUUUUUUUUUUUUUAAAUUGAAUCCCCCCAGCCUCCUUACCUUUUGGGGUGCUGGGGGGAUUCCCUUGGGUCCAGUGGUGCUGCUGCUGCUGGGCUCCUGGGCGGGCGGGCGGGCUGUUUGGGUGGCCGGCGCGCGAGGGAGCACUUUCUCCUCAGUGCUUCCUCUUCCGCUCCCUCGCGCGCCGCGUAGGGAUGCUGGAGCCGGAAGAUGAUGUCAUCUUCCGGCUCCGGUAUCAGUGCGGCGCGCGAGGGAGCGGAAGAAGAGGCUGGAGAAGAGGCUGGCCCUGUGGCUACAUACUGGGUCGCAGGGGCAGCCGGGCCCCCUGCGACCCUGGUAUGUACGCCACUGAUGGGGAAUAAUUGAAGGCAUCAUAUACACAAUGAUCAUUGUGCUUUGAAUGAGAUAUUGCUCUGCCUAAAGCAUUUUCUUAACUGCAGUAAAAAAGAUACUGUUCUAUGUUGUAUAUUUCAGGGAAAGAAUUUUACGACAAUUCUUGGUGGCCAGACAUUACCCUCAGCUAAAAGUAAGUAAAACAACAAACCAUUGAAAUGUUGAAGGAAUACCUCAAGCAUAAUAACCACUAUAACAUGCUGUAGUGGUUAUGGUACCAGAAGUGCCCUGGCACGCCUAUCGUAAGUGUCAAAAUGUUUCCUCAUGAGCUGCUCUUAGCUCUUCCGAGCUAAGCCCUGCAGUUCAAACUCCUUGGCUGAGAGCAUCAGCUGAUCACUCUUACUUAAAUUGCUAAGCACCGCACUGCAGAGCUCAUUUGUACUUUCAUUGUUCUAGCUAGAAGUUCAACACACUCAGCCACUGAAUAUUGUCUGAACUUGGUGUGAGGUAGUGCGAUAAUGUAGAAGUAUGACUUUUGGUUUUAUCAUAGAAACUCAGACUGGAAGGACAAUGUGUGCUUGACACAACAAAUUAAUUGUAAAACUGUUUAUAAAUGGUUUGACAGAUUACCGGAAUUCUGCAUCCAGGAGUUCCUGGCACCAUAAUAAUUACAACACACUGUAGUGGUUAUGAUACUUAGAUCAUCAAAAGGCACUAAUUCUUGACCCAAUUAACAAAGACAAUUCUCAGCUUCACAUUGCAAUUCCAAAUUCUGAAACUGAAGCGAGUGGUACGUUUUGCACACUUAAUCCUACAUUCUCUAUCAACAGAAAUAAUAUUAUGGCAGAUUAUGAUGUCGUUACUCAAUAAUUAGAGAUGCUUUAUUUUUUUUAAAGGGCACAGAAGUUCAAGUAUCUUUGAGGAUGAAGGAGUCCGACUUGAUUCAUUUAAGAGUUGGCCACAAAAUGCGCAUGCAAACCCUAUGGAUCUAGCAAGAGUUGGCUUUUAUUACAUAGGUGAGUGUAUUUUGAAAGAAAAUACAUGUUUUUAAAUUGGAUUUAGUAUAGAAACAUAGUUUAUCAUGGCAGAUAUAAUAAAUGUCAAUUGUUACAUUUAAUCUAUCCAUUUCCUGUUGCUGGCCCUCUUCGUUACCUAUUUGAUUCCAUGUGGGGUCUAAGACCUCAUCAUCCUCCAUCAUCUUCCACCCACUCCUCAACCCUGCCCUCCUUACUGGUCUGCACACUGCAGAAAGCCACAGUAGUUGGCACCUGUGUUUCGUCAUCAUCAGAGACGUGCUGCGGUGGUCCUCACAUGUCCACAUCCUGACACAUAAGUGGUUGUGCAUCAGUGCACUCAAGCUCUUCUACUUCUGGGGCAGGGCUAAGUGGAUGGCCCACGGAAACCCUGCAAGCAGAGUAAUCAAAAAGCAUAAAAGACUGCUGCAUGACUUGUGGCUCAGACUGCGUGGCUGAUUUGCAAAGGACUGAGGUGAAAGACAGAUGGCCAUGGGCUGCAGGUGCCAACUCUGAGCUUUCCGCAGGGGACCGGGUGGGAGACAAUGUGAAGUAACUGGAGGCACUGUCAGCCAUGCAAUCUACUAUCGCCUGUACUUGUUCUGGCCUCACCAUUGGUAGAGCGGCAUUCGGGCCUACCAAAUAAGGCUGAAGGUUCUGUCUCCUACUCGCAGCUGAGGAAGGUGUUUCACUUGUGCAUGUAGCUGGCACAGAUUGGCCACGUCCUCUCCCUGCUACAGGAGCUCCACCAACACCAGCAGCACCACGACCAGUGCCACGUCCCUUAUUUGACACUCUCCGCAUUCUUUGCGUUCACCCACCAAACUAACAGAUGGUUUAAAUUUGAAUUUUUCAAAGUGCGAUGUAACCACAGUAUUUGACGGUUCUUUUUGACUCUCAGAUAUGAAGUGCACGCCCCAAAUUUACUUUUUAGCACCAAAAAUUGUUGAAUUUUUCAAAGUACGAUGUAACCACAGUAUUUGACGGUUCUAUUUGACUCUCAGAUAUGAAGUGCACGCUACAAAUUUACUUUUUAGCACCAAAAAAAUUUCAAUUUGUCAAACUGCAAUGUCACAGCCGUAUUUGACGGUUCUAUUUGACUCUCAGAUAUGAAGUGCACGCCACAAAUUUACUUUUUAGGACCAAAACAAUUUGAAUUUGUCAAACUGCAAUGUCACAGCAGUAUUUAAAAAUGCCUAGAUGUUGCCCACUGAGCUACCAGAACAGGAUGAAAGUAAUGUGCCUGGCACACAUGCAGUUGCAAGUGCCCACCUAAAAAACAGACUGAUUGCUUAUUUCUCUGUGGCACUGGGCUCAGGGCAGGGUACAAAAAUGUAGUAUAGCACCCACAAAAAUAAUCUCUGUAGUUUGCAGAUUCAACACCAGAAUUCUUUCCUAAUCUGUCCCUCACAGCUGCAGCAUCCUCUCCCUAUACUAAUAAGAGCUCAUGUGACUCCAGCUUAUAUAGAGGCUGGGUCACAUGCUGCACUGGCCAAUCACAGCCAUGCCAUUAGUAGGCACGGCUGUGAUGGCUUCUAAGGGCACACGAGUCAAACGCUUGUUGAUUGGCUGCCCUGCAGCUUUUCAAAACGCGCCAUUAAAUCGCCAAACACCGAACUCUAACCCGAACUGUACUGAAAUGUCCGGGCUCUGGUUCGGGGGCCAAAAAUCGCAAUGUUCGGUACGGGUUCGCUCAUCUCUACCUCAGGGACACAGUUAAAUCUUCAUUCAAUCUAAAAUCUUUUAAGAGAUCUAUGGCAAUAUACCUCAAUACAGAAUGCCACCCUAUGGAUCUAGCAAGAGUUGGCUUUUAUUACAUAGGUGAGUGAAAUAUUCCUACUAGUGUAUUUUGAAAGAAAAUACAUGUCAUGUAUUGAAUAUAUUGCACCUGUCAUGGUUGAAUAUAUUUAUCACCUGUUAUGUAUUAAAUUUAUAUAUGUAUGUAUGUGUGUAUACAAAUAUAUAUUGUUUGUAUAUUGUAUUUUUUGUAAUAUUGUAUCCUGUUGUAACAGUGCAAUGUUUUGUGGACCCAGCACCCAUACAUGAAAAAAAGAGAAAUCCCAAUGUAUCCUUCCUGGUAAAAUAUUUUUAUAAAUAAAUAAAAUUAAUUAUUAUAAUCAAGCAGUUAUAAUCCAUCUGUCCAGAAAAUGCCUUUGUUCAUACUACCCCCUCCGUCUGUGUUUUAAAAUACAAUGUAGCUAUAUACUGCUAAUAUGUAUAUGUGUUUUAUUUAUUUAUAUAUAUAUAUAUAUAUAUAUAUAUAUAUAUAUAUAAACACUGACAUCUUGUCUUCUUAGUGAAGAAAAAAACUUUGUUUAACAUUAGUUUAAAUGCAAAGACGAUGGCUGAAGUCUGGUUCAUAUUAUUAUAAUAUAACUGAAGCAUAUUCACUUAACAGCGACAUUAUAACCAUAUGAUAUUCUUCACAAAAUGUCUGAUAACAUUUCUUAUGCAUUUUAAAUAUUAGUACACCACAAUCACUUUUCUUUGCUUGAUAAGGUGCUGCAGUUAAAACAACACCUAUUAUCUGUCUUUCUUUAUUAGGAAUAUCUGACAUUGUAAAGUGCUUUACUUGUGGUAUCUGCCUUCACUUAUUUGAACCGGGAGAUGUUCCUCAUGUAGAGCACCUGAAAUACAGCCCCCAGUAAGUAUUGGGAACCGACAUAUAAAAGAGGAUCUGUCAUGACCUCAGUUAACUAUUUUAUGAUUUCAUUGAUUUUCAUAUUUAAUCAUUUGUAUUCACAAACAGUAAUGAGCAUGAUAGCUUGAGUGGGAGCUCUGGCGCUCAGUUAAAGGACCACUAUAGUGCCAGGAAAACAUACUCAUUUUCCUGGCACUAUAGUGCCCUGAGGGUGCCCCCACCCUCAGGGUCCCACUCCCGCCGGGCUGGAUAGAGAGGAAAGGGUUAAAUCUUACCUUUUUUUUCCAGCUCUCCUCCUCCUCUCCGCCUCCUCUCCUACUCUUUGGCUGAAUGCGCAUGUGCGGCAGGAGCUGCGCGCGCAUUCAGCUAGGCUCAUAGGAAAGCAUUCAUAAUGCUUUCCUAUGGACGCUUGCAUCUUCUCACUUUGAUUUUCACAGUGAGAAGCACGCAAACGCCUCUAGCGGCUGUCAAUGAGACAGCCACUAGAGACUUUAAAGGCUGGAUUAACCCUAUUAUAAACAUAGCAGUUUCUCUGAAACUGCUAUGUUUAUAAAAAAAAAAAGGGUUAAUCCUAGAGGGAUCUGGCACCCAGACCACUUCAUUAAGCUGGAGUGGUCUGAGUGCCUAGAGUGGUCCUUUAACCCAAAUGCAACAAUUACAGAACCACAGCAGGAAUGUUUAGUGUGAACUAGGGAGAGGAUAAAACUCCCCAGAUUAGCCUAUACCCUUAUUUUUCUCAUUUACAACUACUACCUUUACAAAGGUCUAAUCCAUUUUGGAAGGGUAUUCCCUGUUUUCAACCUUUUCUUUUUUUUAAAUAUUGUGAUGGGAUGUCACCAGGGCUGUAGAUCUACCAGUGAAGACCGUUACUAAGACCAGGGGUCAAGCGAGCAGUUACAGGUUCCCAACUUUGAAAGGGCUAGUCCUGCAAGGCAGGUAUCGACCCAUCUGCCCAAGCCCUAUCUUCCAGGCAGGUAUCGACUCCUACUUCCUUUUACAAAGGUAUUUGUGGCUCUAAAUAAAAUGGAAAGAAAACAACACACAUAGUCUGUGACAGAGACAUUUUAAAGGUCCUCCCUCUCCCUCUAUAUUUUUAUAUUUUAUAAUGUCAAUGUCUCAGUGUCCAAUCUGUCUCUGCUACCUCCUAUGAUGCAGUAUGAGCUGCAGUACGAGCUGUUUGUCAUUGGUAUACUCCGUGCAUUGUUACAGGUGUGAAUUUCUUCAUAAAUUGGAGCAGAUGAAAGACACAGAAAUUGAACAGAAAAAAGAAGCAGAUAACGGCUAUGUGCAAGUAAGACAAUAUGGGGAUCCGCAUCCCUUUGUCAACUUUCCACCCCUUUGUCCUUUUUUUCUAUGAGCUGAGAAUUUUUGAUGAGAUGAAGAGUAAAUCAUAUUCAGAGCAGUGAAACUCAGAGUUGUAUGCCUUUAACCCCAUGUGUGACAUGUCAUGAUUCCCUUUUAUUCCAGAAGUUUGGUUCUUAAAGCACAUUAAAUAUGGUUACAAAUUAGUUUAGGCCAAAUGUGUUUGUUAUGACAUUAAUGACAGUGUUAGUUAGAUGUAUGGCAAAUCAUUAGUUGGUGAUGUAAUCUGAUUUAUUUAUUUUUUUUAAAUAAAACCUUCCUCUAGCCACAAACCUACCAAAAAUGUGCCAUGCAGUGGCAGUUUUUAUUAUUGAUAAUUUUGUAAAAUUACAGGCUAUCCUCACUUAUCCGUUCUUACGUUCCAGUCGUAAAACUAAUUGGUUGGUAAAUGAGGAAGCACUAGCAAGCAUGCGCAGGAAAGCAGGUCUCCGUUUAAGGGAAUUCCCCUGAACAUAGACCUGUUCACUAGGGCAGGGAAUCCCACGAAUCCAUGCUUGGGGAAACUUACCUGAACAUGUUUUAGCUUACAGGGAAUUACAGGGAAUCCCAUGCCUAUAUGUUCGGGGUCCAAUUCCCCGAACAUAGAUCAGCUCUCUAACAUGGGGAAUCCUUUGAAUCCACAUGCUAGAGAGCUGGUCGUAAGUCCAAGCAGUCGUAAAACAGGUAGGUUGUUAAGAGGACCACCUGUACUAACUCUCGAGCAACAAUAAAUAUCCAUUUGAGUAUCAAGAAUUUCUUAUUCUCAAAUUAUUCAUCUGAAAGGAAUGUAUUAUUUCUCUUUAAUUUUAGACUCUCUAUAUCUGGUGGGUGGCACAUUCCAGUGAUGGCCCACUGCAGCAAAAUGUGGGAGAUCUGUGAAUGAUGUGCCAAUAAUAACACUUUCUUUGUUCCUAUGGGGUGGUAAUUGGGUUAGAACGUGCACGUCAGGGGCUCUGGACACUUACUGACACAUUAUUGGUGUCGGCAUCUAACUCUCUGCUUAUCUAUUGCUAAAUUACCGACAUCAAGUUAAUUUAUGUCCAGCAUUUCAGGAGUGCAUAUUGGAGACUCUUAACACUAAUUUUGUGUACUCUGUACAUACUUUAGUUCUUUCUUUUUCCUUUAUUAUGUGUAUGAGGGGAGAUUGAUAAGACCAGGCAUUUUAUUAAGGGGUGCCCUCGAAGGCACAAGACUUAGGAAUCUUUAUUCUAUAUGCCUUCCUCUGUCACUGUCUGUAUAUUUUCUACUACCUAGGCAACCUGUUCAAAACUGUUUGUAAACCCUCUCUUUAUACUUUGACCUAUUAUUUAGAUGCAGCUAGCAUUUAGGCAACUUGUGUGAUUUUUAACCAGUUAACUGCUGCCUGUCAGUCCUUCACAGGUGAGCUACUACUUUGUGCUCCACUGUGGUCAAGCAUAAGUUAACAUCAUUCAGUGCAGGCAGCUGUUGUAACACUAGAAUAUACUGCUAGGUAUCUUGCAGGAAAAAAACAGAGCCAGGUCAGCAACCCCUUAUUUUACACUUUACUGCUUGACAGCAAGCUUUAAUUUAUUAUCAAAAUGCUGCUAUGAUCUAGGCAGCUUUUGUGAUAUUUAACUGGCUAAUCGCCGUCUGUCAGAAAUCUGUCUUAGCUGAACUAUUGACAGCACUGGUUUAGCAGUUGUCUUAUCUCCCCCCCCCUUUUUGCUACAGCUAUUAGUGAUAUAUAAUACAGUAUCACUUCUAUUACUUGGGAAUACACUGAUGUUAUAUUGUAGCUAAACAGUAUUGCUUCAGCAUUAGUGUUAUUAUGUAUACACUUUUACAGCUUAUAUAAGUAGUCAGAGUUUUACUCGCUGUAUAGUCUCCAUUUACUCCUGCUGUUCAUAUUAUUUUUCUCUUUUUUAUAUUCUUAUUUUAGAUUUAUUUAUUAAAAGUUACUUUUUAAUCUACAGUCUUUUAAUCUACAGUCUUCUCAGUAAAUCAUACACAGGUAGAAUGGCAUUUGUUUCUUUUUCUGUUUAUUCCCUAUGGGUUAGACAGCAUAUCCAUGUGCCCCUGUACCUAUGUUUUGUAUUUUACUGGUCAGUUAUGUCAUACAAUAAGUAAAGAAGGAUGCGAUCUAGCAUUGAAAGGGUAUUAGUAGUAAUCAUAUAAGACAAUAAAAAAAUAAUAAUUUACAAGGCCAUCCUGUUCCAUGCAUCUUGUUUUGAGAAGUUUGAAUGUGCUUUUGCAGAUGGUUUACAAAAAUGAAGAACAGAACAUUACAUUUACAAAAACUGGUGAGUAGCAUGAUAUCACCUGUGUUUUGCUGGAGACGCACGAAUAAUAAAAUUCUCCAGUAAUGAAGACAAUGAGGCAACUGAACAAAGCUUCUUGAUUGGUUUGCAGGCUGACUAAUUACCCUUGGAGCCAAUCACAGUAAUGACAUUAGCAUUAGCUGUAAGUUAAGACAUGUCGUACUUUUAUUGGCUCCCAGGCUGAUCAACCAAGAUUUAAUAUUAAGGUAUUUAUGGUUAUUAUUAGUUAUGGUUAUGUAAUGUAGUAGUGCAAUGUAAUAGUUAAGGUGCCUGGAGUGCCCUGGGCCCCCAAUGUAAGUUAUCAAAACUUUGAAAGUUGAGCAUUUCCUAAGAAUCCCUGCUGAACCUGGAUUUAAUGAUAUAUGUAGUUCACACACAUCCACUACUACAUUCAGCUAAAACUCAUACACCUGCCUUUAGCUUCCUGAAAACUCCAUUCAUGCUGCAUAGAAAACUGUGAUGGAGCCUCUUAAAGGAGAUAGAGACUUCUACAUUGUGUGCCCUUCUGUUGAUUGCAUGCUGUACAAGUUCUUGGACAAAAAGGGAGAAGCAUAUAAUUCUACCUUCUCUCUGCUCUUUAUUAUCUCUAAUGACUUCUAUAAUUUAAGUUAGAGAGACUAACCUUUGAAAGGUCACUGGGCGGUGUUUAUUCAUAAAAAUGUUAAUAGAAUGUGAAGAGGCUAAACUAAUUGAUCAAGUGGACGACAAUAUUUAUGACCACCAGUACAGAGUUGUUUAAACUUCUAAUAUUUGAAUGUUCUGUGUUUCAGGUCUUGACUUACAAAAUGAACACUCUUCUUUUGGAUGGGAAAACCUGAGAAGACAGCUAGUGGAAACAUAUAAUAGUUCAAGUUUCAGCAAUUUGUCCUUGUUUCCUGAUUCCUCCCAUCUUUCCAUAGACCUGAAAUCCCUCUUUGCAGAUAUAUCUGUGGUCUUGAAGGACACCAGGAAUCAGCCAGUUCGGCAGUUGACAUUACCUGAUAUAAUGUCCAUUCUGAGUGAUAUCACCAUGAUAGAAGGUGAGGCUGGCAGUGGGAAAACGGCUCUGCUUCGAAAAAUAGCCAUUCUUUGGGCCUCAGGAACCUGUCCCAUACUCAGCCGGUUCUGCCUUGUCUUUUAUAUCUCAGUUUCCUCCACUGAAAACCAACAAACAUUAAGUGACAUAAUCAGAGAACAACUGAGCGGAUCCACAACAUUGCUUGAUGAAAACGUUCUGGAAGAAAUUAUAAGUCAAUUAGGGAACCAAGUCCUGUUUCUCCUUGAUGACUAUAAUGAGAUGGACCUGGUUCCUGGGGCAAUAGAUGAUCUUUUAUUAAAAAACCCCGCCAAUCGAGUAAGUGUGGCAGUCACUGUACGCAAUGGCAUGGGCAGGAAGUUGCGUCAGUUAUCAAGGACAGAACUGAGUAUCCAAGAAUUCCCUUUGUAUAGCUCUCUAUAUAUUUAUAGAAGGUCUUUUUCUCAUGACAUAGAAUUUCUUGAACAUUUUGUACUUCAAUUAGUUGAUUCAAAUACAUUACAAGCUGCAUUAAAGACUCCUCUCUUUGCAUUUUCCCUUUGUGUUUACUGGGUAGAAAACCCAAGUGAGAUCUUAUUUGACGAUGCCGUCGUUUGCAAAAGAUACCUGAUGCACAUCAUGUUAAAACACUCUAAACUCAAAGAUAAAAGGGAAACACUAGUUUCAGCAUGCGGAGAACUUGCCCUACAUGGCCUUUUUCGGGCUCAGUUUGAUUUUACAGACAAAGAUCUCUGUGCAUUUGAUAUUGACACGGAAUUGACUCUCAAAUGUGGACUUUUAAGCAAAUUCACCUCCCAGCGGCUUCGCCCUAUUUACAAGUUUUUUCAUCCAACUUUUCUGGAGUUUCUUGCGGGCAAAAGGCUCAGUCAGUACCUGGAUUCUACCGAUAAAGAUCAAUUAAAUAAAGGGAUUUCAUUCUUGCAGCAAAUCAAUAACAUUACAAAAUUUGUUGGACGCUACUAUGUGUUCCUGAAAUAUUGCUGCUUUCAUUCACCAGGAACAGCUUUACUAGUGAUUUCCUAUCUCUUCGACCUUCUGAAUAAAAGUGAAGCAUUUGACUAUGAAGGUGGUGUAAAGAGUCACUUCGAACAUCAUCCCGAAUUAGCAUGGAGAGAGGAUAUUCUAACAGCUUUAAAAAGCAACAAGCCAGACCUUCAUCUUUCAUUUGUUGUCCAUAUGUUACUGAAUUUUGCUAUUGAUGUUGCAUACAAAAGCAAUUAUGUGGAUGAAUGUGCUCCUAUCAUUUUGCAAUAUCUUACUAGGAAGGAUAUUUGUGUGGAUUUAUCACAUCCCAGUAAGAGUCUUUUAAUAUUCCUCUCAAAAUACCCAGAAGGACUUUCAAUGAUUAACAGUCUAGAACUACUGAUGAUUGAACCAAUAAUGAAUAAAGUCCCCCUUGGUCCAGACUUUGGCUCUCAUUUAGAUGUGCCGACAGUUGACAAAGAUUAUUCUAAGGCUUUUAUGCUUUCAGAUGAGGCUUGGCACUCGGAUGUGAAAAACUAUUUUGUUAAAAGUAAAAUCAACAUUUCUGAAUUUGGUUUAAAUCAAAGUCAUCAUAAAAUUGCUGUUCUACAAGUCAAUGCAAGUGGUGAAUAUAUGAUUGAGGAGCCUGUUCUUAACAAUCUCUCAGUAUUCCUUUCUCUUUCCCACCAUAUUGAACUCAGCCUGAAGAGUUGUCCUGGGUUUGUAAGAAAUAUCUCACAUUGCAUUGAACAAUAUAAAAACUCUUUUGUGAAGUGCAGGAUAUCUACUGUGGAACUAACUACAGAAGAGCAGAAACUGAUAACACAGAUGUCCACAUUACAGAGUCUGCAUAUGAUUAACAUAGCACCACCAGGUAAUUAUAAUUUUGCUAUCACUAAAAUUCACAAAGUGGAUUUAAAGCUUUACUCCAAGCACCAUAACCACCUCCUCAGCCAGGGUUAAAAAAUGUAGCUUUAUUUAUCUUUUCUCCCUUGAAGCUCUGGUCUCUGACAUGUAGCUCCACCUUUUUGGUUGAGGUCAUCUAAUACUUUCCCAUAGUAAAGCAUUGAGAGGCUAGUAGGCAUGUGCGCAACAUACCCAAGUUGCACCAUUCAGAUUGUCUUUCUUAGACUAUCUGAUUGAAAUAAUGAGGUGACAACCACAUUCCCCGCGUGUAGCGUCCACAUUCCCCAUGCAGUUAUGGUUACCCGAUGGCCAUAUAUCUUCAGGGGCCCCUUUUAAUGAUGUCAGCCGCAACUAGUGCUCAUCGCGGGAUGGAGAAGAAAGGCCAUGAAGAGGGAGAGCCAGACCAACUUCCGUCAGCCUCAGCCACCCUCCUGCACUGAAAAGGUAAGAAACAGGAGGCAGGCUAAAAAAUUAGCUGCAUGUGGGUGGUUCUGUAUGGAUGUAUGUGUGUCUCUUUAUGUCAGUAUAUAUGUCAGUAUGUAUGUAUCAACCUGUGUGUAUGUAUGUUAUUAUUAUUAUUAUUAUUAUUGGUAUUUAUAUAGUGCCAACUAAUUCCGCAGCGCUUUACAAUAUUAUUAAGGGGGUGGGGUGUUUACAAUAAAUGAGACAAUUACACAGUGACACAGGAACAGUAGGUAGAUUAGGGCCUCUACUCAAAGAGCUUACAGUCCAGAGGAAUGAAUGUAUGUGUGUCUCUGUAUGUAUGACAGUAUGCAUGUAUGUGUGUAUGUAUCUCAGUAUGUAUGUGUGUGUAUGUAUGUAUGUGUCUGUAUGUAUGUAAGUACGUACGUACGUACGUACGUGUGUAUGUAUGUCUGUAUGUCAGUAUGUGUGUAUGUGUCUGUAUGUAUGUAUGCCUCUAUAUGUCCAUGUGUGUGUGUGUGUGUGUAUGUAUGUGUGUAUCUGUAUGUCCUUAUGCAUGUGUGUGUGUCUGUAUGUAUGUUAGUAUGUGUCUGUGUGUCAGUAUGUAUGGCUGUGUAUGUAUGUCUGUUUCAGUAUGUGUGUGUCAAUAUGUAUAUCUGUGUAUGUAUAUGAAUGUUUCAGUCUGUGUGUCUGUUAUUAUGUAUGUGUGUGUCGGUAUGUGUGUAUAUGUGUGUCAGGAAUGUCUGUGUGCAUCUGUGUGUUGUGUGUGUUUCUCUGGGUAUCAGUGUGUAUCUUUGUGUGUGUUUCUGUGCUGUUUUGUGUUCUUUCUGUGUCAAUGUUUCAGUGUCUGUGUAUCAAUGUAUGUGUCAGUGUUGGUAUAUGUGUGUGUAUCUGUGUGUCAGUGUGUGUGUCUGUGUAUUUGCAUGUGUGACAGUGUAUGUAUCUGUGUAUCAGUGUGUGUGAAAAUGUAUACACUACACACAAAUGCACACCUGCAUUCAAACACCAACAUUCACAAAUACAAAAGCAUGCUCACAUUCAAACACAAAUUGUAAGUGUAUGUGUAUAUAAAUAUAUAUACGUACAAACAAUAUACACACAGUGCAUCCACUACACACAUGCUGCAUCCACUACGCAUGCACUAACACACACUGUGCCCACUUUACAAACACUGCAUCCUAUACACAAACACACACUGUAUCCACAAAACACACACCCUGUAUCCACUCCCAACAUUUCUGAUGGAGGCCCUGCUAGGAAAUGAUAGAGUAAUUUAUCCUGAUAAUCUACAGGCAAUGAGAGAACAAGUGCUACAAACAUAAAAAAAAUGUGGAAUGCCAUAAGAGGCUGCAACAACCAAGUGUCCAAAGCUACAUUUUGUAAAUGCUGUUUGAGAAGACGAGCAGUUAUUGUAUCAAAAAAGUCACAAAGAAACCUAUCCACCAAGCAAUGAAUGCACCACAACUUGGUAUUUAAUGAAUAAAUACCUUAAUAUCUAAUGGAUGAUGUUAUGGCGGUUUGAUAUUUAUGUUUAUUGCUGGCAUCUACUAGUUUAAAAUUAGAUUUUUUUUCCACAGAAUAUAUUCUUUCACACUUGGACAAAUUCACACAGCUAAAGGAACUAAAGAUGGAUUUAGCUGAUUAUUAUGAAGUGUUUGACAUGAUGUCUGAUGGAUUUAAAAAACUACACUACCUUGAAAAACUAAUGCUGAGAAAUGUUAAUUUGGCCAAUUACUACCAUCAACUAGGUAAGGAUUCAUUUUAUCAGCUAUUUGUCACAUAUUUAAAAUCUGCAAUUGUGUUUUUAUUAUUAUUACCAUCACCCUAAUAAAAAUAAAAAAAGCAUUUAAAGUUCCUUUAUUCAGUACAAAUCUCUUGUCAUGGCGCACUGUGGUUAAGAUGGUUGCGAAGGUCACAAAAUUAUAUCCUUGAUUAUUCUGUUUUUGCAAGUAUGCAUCCAGUUGCUGUUUAAACAUCUGUAUGGACUCUGAUAAAACCACUUCUUCAGGCAGAAGAUUCCACAUCCUUAUUGUUCUUUCUGUAAAAAAAAAAACACGUUUCCCUUGCCUUAGACCAAAUCAUGGUCCUCUUUGUGUUCAUCUAAACUAAACAGGUUUACAUUUGUUAACCUUUCUUCAUAACUAAAAUGUUCCAUCCAUUUUUAAAAAAUGUUGUAGCCCACCUCUGCACUUUUUCUAGUGCCAUAAUAUCCUUCUUUAGAACAGGUGCCCAAAAUUGCAUAGCAUAUUCCGGAUGUGGUCGUACCAGUGAUUUAUAAAGAGGCAAAAGGAUAUUCUCAUCUGAAGAAUUGAUGCCCCUUUUUACACAUGACAAUACCUUACUCACUGCUGAUUGACAUUACAAUGAUCUUUCACCAAGCCAUAAUGCGACUAAGCAUAUCAUUAAAGGGACACUAUAGUCACCUAAACAACUUUAGCUUAAUGAAGCAGUGUUGGGGUAUAGAACAUGCCCCUGCAGCCUCGCUGCUCAAUCCUCUGCCAUUUAGGAGUUAAAUCCCUUUGUUUAUGAACACUAGUCACACCUCCCUGCAUGUGACUUGCACAGCCUUCUAUAAACACUUCCUGUAAUUGCAAGUUCUGUUUAAUUUAGAUUUUCUUAUCCCCUGCUAUGUUAAUAGCCUGCAAGAGCCUCCUGUAUGUGAUUAAAGUUCAAUUUAGAGAUUUGAGAAACAAUUAUUUAAGGUAAAUUACAUCUGUUUGAAAGUGAAACCAGUUUUUUGUUCAUGCAGGCUCUGUCAAUCAUAGCCAGGGGAGGUGUGGCUAGGGCUGCAUAAACAGAAACAAAGUGAUUUAACUCCUAAAUGACAGUGAAUUAAGCAGUGAAAUUGCAGGGGAAUGAUCUAUACACUAAAACUGCUUUAUUUAGCUAAAGUAAUUUAGGUGACUAUAGUGUUCCUUUAAAAUAAUUACUUAAAAGAAGCCAUAACAACAGGCUAGCAAUUUUGAGCGGUUUGUCUAAAACCUGGAGCCUGGUCCAUGAUUGUGAUUGUGGCCUGGUCCAUCACUUACCCCUGCUAAUGCAGACCUUACAUUUCCUUAUUUACAAUUUAAAUUGUAUCUGUCUUUAGACUGCAGUAAUUAGCUUAAUAAGUCAGUUGUCACUCACUGAAAAGCAAUGUGUCCAAACAUGGUUGAAAUUGAUAUAGCUUAUGUGAAAUAGUAACUUGGCAAAACAGCAAGAUGACUAGAUUUGAUUAAUGUGUUUUUAAAAUAUUAUAUAAAUAAAAAUAGGUACAUUCAAAAUAUAUUAAUGUAUUUGUUUUGAUUACUGUACACCAUAUGUCUAGAAAUCCAAUAUAUUUUGGUAGUUAGAGGACACAAUUUACAAGGAGCGCAAUACUUUUUCAGUGUUUCAAGCUCUCACAAUUUACAUGUUUGGUCUUAUAAUGACCAACCAAAAGAACAUAUUAUCUUAAAGAAAACGCAUUCUAUGGUAUUUAUCUAGGGGUAUUUUAUCACUUUUCAAAUGACCAUUUUGCUACCAAUAUCUGCUAAAUGUUCUGGUAAUAUUGUAUCUUCUGUGCAUCUUUGAUAACAUUAAAUAUAAUUAAACGCUCUCUUUAUAUUUUGCAAAUCUGAAGUGAAAAUGUUGUACUCAGUACAGUAAUACCUUCAAUGCAGGGCCGGUGCAAGCAUUUUUCCUGCCCAAGUCAAAAACAAAUCUGCCACCCCAUUUGCUUCACCAUCAUGCAGACCAACUCACAUGCUGACUCAAGUAGACACACACUGAUCCAUGAAGACACACACAUACAGACACACUGACCCAUGCAGACAGAUACUGACCCAUACAGACACACUGACCCAUACAGGCACACAAAACAACCCAUAUAGACAUACACACACUGACCCAUACAGACACACACACACACACACACACACACUGAAACAUACAGACACACACACUGACCCACACAAACAGACAUAAACAAACAUACUGAAUGAAGCAGACUAACACACCAGUGGCCUAUUGAGAUUUGAUUGUAGCCUGUAGCCACGGCUCUGUAAUUUGUGAGUUGUUCUAUUUACUCCUUUUCAAUCUCUUUAUAUAAACUGUACACACUAUGUUUUAUAUUAUUAUCUUGCAGAUAUUGUGAAGAUUUCCUCACCAUUUAUAUACAUAAGUAUAUUUAUAUUGUACAACUGUAUUCAGUUUGAAGGGUUCACCACUACUUGGUGUGAUUGUUUACACUUUGUUGUAGGUGUUGUGUUGUUCUGUUUGGUAUUUUAUUAAGGUGUGGGGGAAACACCUAUUUCACCCUUCUACAUACUGAACACUACUUUCUGGAAGCGCCCCACUUGUACUCCCUUUUUUAGAGUUUUGUUUUAUGUUUCAUUUUAUUCAUUUCUUUGUUUGCCCUUAGUAAGCUUUUUGUGAAAUGUUUUUUUAGGAACAUUCUCUAAUUAAUAUGCUCAGUAAAUAACCAUUUAAAAAAAAAUAAUUUCCUUUGUGUUGUGCAGCGGACUGUAUUUCAUGUUUCCCUAACUUGACGACUUUUCAUUUAAAUGGUGACUGGUGUCCGAAUUUUGAGAAAACAAUGGGUGCAAUCAUUAAAAAUGGAAACAUCUGUGAAUUAAAUCUGUAUGGAUUAUUGAUAAAGGACAGUGACAUUUUCCAUUUGGGUAAGAUAUAAAAAUGCAGUCCUACUCUAUACAAUCAAUAGUAUCUGCAAACAACUAGCAACGCUGUAUCAAGAACUCUUGAUAUUAUAAACAAAUGGUAUGCCAUAAUGGGGUUAAUUAACAUUCCUGGGCUACCAUAUGGGCUCAAAAGGCAACACAGACCCAGCAAACCAAUCUGGCAAACUGAAAUGGGCAAGCCUUAUAUUGACCUUGUAACUUUCCAAAACACCAAAGCUGUACAUGGGGGGUAUUGUUAUACUCAGGAGACUUCGCUGAACACAAAUAUGAGUUUUUAUGAGUACACAAAUAUGAGUUUUUAUGAGUACACAAAUAUGAGUUUUUGUCAGUGAAAGUGACUUUUUGUGCAUUUUUCACACAAAUGGCACUUUCACUGAUGAUAUCAUUGUUGUGAUAUGUUUUACUGCUUUGAAACACUAAUAUUACACUAAACAUUAAACUAUAAGAUUAUGUCUUAAAGAUUGCAUCAUAAGAAUAGUCCCUUCUUAGUUGCAAAAAUUGACCGACCAAAAUAUAUUGAAAGAAAUGAAUUGCGUGAUUACUAUGAACUCUCAAUGCUGUAUUGGCACCUGUAGGUUCACAAAAAAGUACUAGAAUAUAUGGGAAAAUCCAAUUGUGGGAACAAAAUAACAUCCAAAAAUUUACGGAGUGACCAUCAUUGUCUUGAGUAAAUCUCAAAUUCAAAUGAUUAAAAUAUUCUAAGAAUGGUUCAAUAUAUUCCUGAUCACUCUGGCAAAUAGAAAACAGAUCAUGUCUCUUAUACAUAAAUACUAUAUCCAUGAUGUAAUCAGUAAUGUAAUUGUUUUUUUUGUUUGUUUUUACAGUAUCGGGAUUAUUUUCACUAAAAAAACUUAAAGUUUUGAAUCUUCUAUCACAUCAUUUUGUGAAUGUUGAGGAUGCAAAGAUCUUUGGUAUGAUGUAUUUUUUUUCAUUACAUUGCAUACAGACAAGGCAUGCUUUUUUUCUGACAUGUGACCUUCAUGUAGGUCCCGUUUGUAGAUGACAUAAAAGCUGAUAUCUCACUGAUUGCCCUCCAUGACACAGAGUUUAAGGUAAACUCAUCUUCUAAAUAAACAGUUUUAAUAAAUUAAUUCUCCUUAACUGACACACUCUCUCUGAUUCACAUCAUUAUAUUGCCCUAGAAUUAAAUACUAAUGGACAAGGACUACUUGAAAUGUUUGUAUGUGUUCAUAGAAGACAAGUCUUUGCAAAACGGUUUCAUCCAGAAUAUAUUGCUUAAAGGAACACUAUAGGCACCCAGACUACUUAAUCUCAAUGAAGUGGUCUGGGGGCCAUGUUCCCCCUUUUAGCCCUUGUAACGGAACUCCCCGUACUCCGACCGAGUACCUUCCGUUGAUGGACGAUUCCUAGCUUGCGCCAAGGACCCCAAGCACCUCACCGGACACCACAACCGCCGUAGCUUAACUGGAGUCUUGCCAUCUUCUGUCCACCCUGGAUCAGCUUCUGUCCGCCAGGACCGUGUGGGGAAGACCUCUCCUCCAGAAGAGCAUUUCAGGAACAAGCUCUUAAAAAAGAUAAGUGAUUAAAGCUCAAGGGAGUAUGCAGAGCAUAGCAAUCCCCAGUGUGAUUAUAGCAGUUCCCUCCAAUAACGAGACGAGGUUACGUUUUGAAGGGUAAAGAAGAACUGACUGUACUGGCACAAACAGCCUCUUUUAUUCACAUUCUACAAACAUAGUACAGCCCACAAGGUUUUGAAGAACAACCAAUCAACACAUUACAACACAGCUAAUACUCCCAUUCAUUACAUCAGAAAUCCUCCUCUCUGCCUGUGAUACAAUUAUCUCAACACAAUAGACUAACUUAAUUAUCACAGGCAGGAAAAUACAGUAUUAUAAAACAUAUCACAGGGACCCCACAACAUGCAAUAACCCCCCCCAAAAAAAUUCACCCAGAUACGUUCAGUAGUUUGGAAGAUACGGUUUAAUGCAGAUUCCGCAGAACAUAUACAGGCUAUAUGAAAAAUAAUUACUGUUAAAUGUGUCCCCUGUUCUGUAGUUUAAAACUACUGAACGAUGUCUUUGUGCACCAAAUACCAGCGAGAUGGCACCGUGUAGAAAAGUCAAAACAGUGUCUGUGAGUUAAAAUGGCCACCACCCAUUGUUCUCACCAUGUGCUUCAUCCAUUGUUCUCACCAUGUUCCUCUGAUACAUGAAAUGGUGGACACCCAGUAACUCCACAGUUUGUCUGGUAGUCUAUCCAGCCGAACCAACAGAUGAAACACAUAGGGAACAGUGCAACAAACGAAGGGAAUCAUACAAAAUAUGGACAAUAGUCAUAUUUGUGCACAAUCUCCAGUUUUGUCACAGGGCACAAAUAGAGUUUUCAAAUGCCAUAUAUCCCAGGGCCAUAGUCAGAAGGUAGGAGGCGGGCAAGCAGACGUUCCUACAGAACAGCAAUAUUUUCACUGCGGGUUUAACCUGACUCUAGUGUCAUUAUGACAUUUGUAUUGGAUGGUCUUAGAAAGAUCAUCUGAUUGGUGCAGUGCGCCCAUUAGUAGUUCAUUGUUUUGAUGUACACAUACACUAGCUUCAAAAAUGCUUUCCUAUGGGAAAUCAUUGGAUUGGCUGAGAUCAUCAACAUCGAUGAUCCCAGCCAAAGAGGUGGAGUGGAACAGUAAGCAAACCAACUUUAUAAACCCUGUCAAUGCUGACACUGUCACGUAAACAGUUACUAGGACACUAUAGAAUUGGGGAUACGUAUAUGUAUUCCUAAUGCUAUAGUGCACCUUUAAAUCAACUGUGCUGAGAAGAAUUAUCUGACAGGCUAUUUGAGGGUUUGAGACACUCAUCCAUUUGUGUCCAAUGUAUCAUGAUGUCCACAGCUCACAAUGUAAUUUACUUGCCUUUAUCACAGCCAAGUGGUGGCUUAGCAACAUUUCAGACAUUUUGUCCCUUUGUCAAGUCUGAUAAUACAAAUAACAAGUCUUUAUAAAGUUAUGCACUGUGUACAUUAUUUUUGAAUAUGUGUCAACAUUCAAUGUGCUCCAGUAGCAUGUUAGAUAUUUACCAAUGACUCAGUACUUAAGUGUGAUACAUUUUAUUCUAAUAUAAUGCAUAUCUCACUCGCAAUGGAAGACUGUUGUCUUUGUUUAUUUAGCUAAAUAAGCUGUAUUCUUUGCAGUACAAGCCUUGUCAUCAUUGGUGCAGUUGGAAUAUCUGGCCCUUCCCAGUGGACCUGGAAUCACAGAAACAAUUACCUCAAUUAUAGAGCAGUUCCAAUUUCUGCCGAACCUCAUGGAACUACGUCUUCAAAACCACAUUUUAAAUGACCACAGCUUACUGGAGUUGGGUAACUAUUUUUUUUUUUAUCCUGGCAUAAACAUCUCUCAGUGUAGCAUUGUUAGUGCACAUUGUUUCUGUAAUUCAAUAUGAAUUUAACAUUUUACAUCAUCUGGAUUUACAUCAACUGGAUUUUUUCCAGUUCAGCUAUUUUGACCUUAAAUUAGAAAUUUACUUGGAAUUUUGUUCAUUUCCUUUAGUAAUUAACCAUGUCAGAGUUGAAGGGUGAGAGGACAGGCAUCUUGUACAAUGAUAGGACUGCUCCAGUAGACAGAUUAAACUUAAUGAAGUGUUUGAGGGAUGAAACCUCCUCUUCAGUUGGAGCGGCAAAACAGAUACGUUGUAAUAAGGAUGAAGUGGAGGUUGUGAUAUUAUAUUGGUUGAAUAUACAAUUGUCCAGGUGUCCAAGAGCUGAAUAUAUAUAUAUUUGAAAAGACAAGAUGUUAUAGUGGUAAAUAAGGGAACCGGCUGUGGUUACGUAAACCACACGUUAAGUAAACAUUGUGCUAAAGUAGUAUUUAUUUAUUUGUAUUUUUCUUUUAUAUUCCAGCAACAGCUGCAAGGAAAGGGUUUUUGAACAACAUCCAGAUCUUAAACCUUGGUGUUAAUCACGAUAUUACCCAAUCUGGGUGGAGAGACUUUUUCCAGACACUAGAUAAUCUGCCCCAUUUAAAUGAGCUGUUCAUUAACAGACUUCAUAGCCACCAGUUUAAAACCGAUGCAUCGACUCUACAUUCAAUAAUUCAGCGUGUGUCACGACUUCACAGUUUAUCCUUGUUAGACAUGCACGGAUGGCUACUGGACAAAGAGGACCUAGAGAUGUUUAACUCCAUGAAACGAAAGCAUCCUCAGGGUAAAAGCUUUGCACUACUAUGGCAGUGGAUAUUACCGGUUCACCCUAUUGUGAUCGACUAAGUGGUCUGCACCUUCAAAAUUCUAAAAUUGCUAAAAUAUUUAUUUUACAGUUGAAAUUUAUUUUUUAUGUUUUGUUACUUAUUAAUGACACCCAUUCUGAAUGCUGCUUGAAAUAAAAUUUGUAAAUACAAACCCACAAGAGACAUUAUGGGAAAUGCCUUAAAAUAAAUACAGGUGAAAGGUUUUAUGUAUGCUAAUGGAAUUAUUGAGAAAAAAAAAACUCAUAUUUUAUACUUUUAACUAAUGUACAAUCUAACUUUAAAACUGAGUUGUGGUAGAUGGAGUAGUUUAACCCAGUUUUACAUUAAGCCAUAAACAGGCUUGGAAUUCUCGAGAUGCUGUCAUCAAAGAACAGUUGAAUGCACAUUAUCUGCUACAUCACUUUCUAUUCUGAAAAAUCUUGGUUGAGUUUCCAAAAGAAUUAUAAGCCUCAGAUUUUAACAGGGUUAUUCACAAAACUCCCAGGAGUUAUUUUUCUGCCCAUUAGCUCCCUGGAAUGACGUGCAUGUGGCAGACACUUUCUAAAACUAGCCAGCCUUGUAAAAACGUCUCACUGAGCUGAAGAGCUCUAUACUAUUUUUGGUUCCAUUUGCCAAAUACUAUAUUCCUCUGUCUCCAACCCUGCCUAUGAUUUAUGCAAAAUUUGUAAAAAAAAAAAAA